AUGUUGCUGUUCUCAAUAUGGAGUGCAAUAUUGCUACUGACUCCUCUAGAGGCUGCGGAGGAGGACGAUGUCAGAGCAGGUAAACUUCAUGCACUCCUUACAAAGUGCAAUAAAACCACAGCAAAUCGAUGACGAUUAAAUAGUAUCAGAAAUUUUUCUGUACUCUCAAACACUUUGAGUGCAUGUGCAUCCAUUUAGAAAAUUAGGAAUAAAGUGAUCUGACCUAUUGGAUCCAAGCUUUAACUGAAUAUAUGUAUUGGUGACUCAAACAUCUUUGCAUUUGCAGGCUGCAGCACGUCUGUUAAUGAUCUGGUCUAUAUUGUUGAUGGCUCUUGGAGUGUUGGAGUCCCUGACUUUGAAACAGCCAAGCAGUGGCUUAUAAACAUCACCAGCCAAUUUGACAUCAGUUCCUACUACACACAGGUAAUAAGACUUCAUUAUUCUGAACAUGCUGAGUACAAAGGGACUUGGGAUUCUGUUCUGAGCAGCAGUCCAGCACUUCUGAUUUUUUCAUCCAAUUAAUUAUGGGUUACGGUUUUAAAUGCAGUCAUUUCAAGAUUAAAGCAUUCGUCAUUCAGGCCUUACUCUUAUGUUAGAUUUAAUGUGUCUGCUGCAGGUUGCUGUGGUCCAGUACAGUGAGACUCCUCGUCUAGAGAUCCCUCUGGGUAAACAUCAGAGUGCGGCAAUGCUCAUCCAGGGCAUUCAGGGCAUCACCUACCUGGGAGGAAACACACAGGUCAGACAACAUGAACUAACAGCUUCAUAUCCACUCUUGUCAGUACCUGUUGCCUUUAGAAAAAAUGUUGCUAAUGUAAUUUUGAAUCAGUUUUGCUGUUGCUUACUCUUUUUACCAGCUUAAAAUGGGUGCACAUGCUGACUGUCCGCUAGCAAGCUCACAAGCUAGGUGGUGCUAAUUUUGUGACUUCUAUUCCCACAUUUCAUUUUAAGGUUGUUUAAUAAUAGAGAAAGAGCUUUCCAUUGGAUAAAAGAGAUAAUUGUAGCGCAUAUGUGCUUGCUAACUGCUGCUGACAAGUAGUCCAAGUUUACAAGCAGCUACAAGCUGUUAGCUGGUUAGCUAAGCAGUACAGGCAGUUAAAUGUGAUAACUCCAUGUCUGUUGGAGAAUAAGGGGGGUAUACUUGGAGAACAGUCAUUUUACAUAGUUUAAAAAUGAACACAUUUGUAUUUAAAGGUGAAUUAGCUCAAAUUAUUUCUGACUUGUUGAAAAGAAAAGCUAAAUAACGCGUUUUUAUUGGGUUGUGUUGGAAUUUCUCAGCCUUAAUGUGCUGUUUUAGACAUUUGAUUGAUGCAGCUUUAUUGGAUCACAAUGUAUUCAUAUUUAUUUAAUAUCACCACUUUGAAUGUCACAUGCGGCUGUGGGCAGGAGUUGUGGAGGACUAAAACAGAGUUUAUUCCAAAAAUUAACAGCAUACAUUUCUUGUAAAGCUGCAUGACUUUCAGUAGUCUGUCCAAAAACACAAACUAAUAAAGUCAGGCUGGCUAAGGCUGGUCCUCAAGAAAGAGACUACACUUAAUGUGAGUGCCAGCAGUUACAGGUGCAUCUGCAGCUGUAUGACCACACAGUGACACCACAAGCACAGCAAUGGUAAUUAAACAUGCAAUAAUGUAAGGUUUUAGCUUCUUCCUUUCUAAUGUGUGUUUUUUAACCGAAUAUUAAUUCUUUUAAAAUCCAUUUUGUACAUUAUUUUGGGCAGUUUAUUCUGCAGUUUUAUUAGCUAGUAUUUUUUCACAUGGGCAUUUGAAAACCAGUUUCCAGCUAUGACUACAUUUGCACUCUAAUAUGAUGUAGGCUGGUGAGCAUGGCAGCUAAUACUAUUCAUCACAUCAUCAUAACGCGCUCCACCUUGUGAUCACUGUUUUCUGACUGUUUUGCAGACUGGCAGGGCCAUCAGAUUUGCAGUGGACCACGUCUUCCCCUCCUCACAACGAGUCAGCCAGGUCAAGCAUCGCAUUGCUGUGGUAGUUACGGAUGGCAAAUCCCAGGACGAUGUGGUAAAUGUCACUUUGCUGUGUUACAUUAAAAAAAAAAAACUUCAAUGGAAAACAAGUCCAGUUUAUGUGGACAAAAAACCUUUGUUAAAAACCCAAAUAAAAAACAUUAAUAAGGUUGAUUUUCACCCAUGAUGCCUUUUUUUUAUGCUUCUUUAGGUGGAUGCCAGUAUGGAGGCUCGAGCUCAGGGCAUUACACUAUUUGCUGUUGGAGUCGGCAGUGAGAUCACCACCUCAGAGCUAAUAUCAAUUGCCAAUAGACCAUCAUCCACCUAUGUCCUGUAUGCUGAGGAUUACACCACCAUUGACCGUAUCCGGGACUCCAUGGAGCAAAAGCUCUGUGAAGGUCAGGAACCAAGCCAAUCUCUCUGUAAUCUUGCAUUUUCUCAUUUAUCCUCUCUGUUGUAUAGAAUCGAUGGAUGCUGCCGAUCCCAAAAAGACUUCGCCCAGUGUUGAUCUUACUUAGCUUUGUAUUCUUAGCUGUAACAUCCCCAAAACUGUUACUGCAAAAGUUAAUGUAGGCAAGACCUGUAUUUUCUAAUUCUUCUGUUAACUUGAAGUCCUGGUGAUAUAACUUAAACAUUAGAGGAUGUCACGUCCUCUUGACUACCUCAGCUGAUACUUGCUCCUUUUUUAUACAGCCUUUUACGAAUUGACCCUCUUCUUCCAACUUAGCCUUUAUUGCUUAUGUAUCUAUAUUGUUUACAUGGAGAAAUAUGGUCUUUUCAUAACCAUGUCAUGCUGCUGAGUUACUAUAAGUCAGGUGUUGUUUAUCACAGUAACUGUAUGUGAGGUAAACUCAGCCCACUAAAUGUGACAAUAACAGAUAUUGAGUUCAUUUUUGGUGUUUUAAUGAAAGUUACAGAUUAAUACUCUGACAGUUAUUUCAGAUGACCCAACAGUCCAAUUAGAGAAGUGAAAUAAAACGAUUAAACUGUCUGAUCCCUCUUUUCUCUUCAGAGUCUGUGUGUCCAACCCGAAUCCCGGUGGCAUCUCGUGAUGAGAAAGGCUUUGAGCUGAUGGUGGGCAUGAACAUUCAGACCAAGGCUGAGAAGAUCCCCGGCUCUCUAGUUUCUGAAGCAGCCUUCUCUCUGUCUAUCUCCACAGAUAUAACUGAGAAUACCAGGUACUGUCCAAAAAGCGUCACAGGAGCGUGGAUAAUGUGUACUGUGGAUUCAUCUACUUUAUCAGUUAUUGCUGUAUCUUUUCGCUCUUCUUAGAGAGAUUUUCCCUGAGGGCCUUCCCCCAUCCUACGUGUUUGUAGCCACAAUACGACUCAAGGGGUCAUCUAGCAAGAUGACCUUUGACCUCUGGAGAGUGCUGUCUAAGGAGAAGGAGAUCCAGGCUGCAGUGACACUAAGUGGAAAGGACGAAAGUGUCAUGUUCACGACCACCAGCAUAAGAGAAAAGGAGCAGAGGGUCAUCUUUAAGGACAACUUUGAGGUUGGUAUGAAGAUGUAGUUUUACAUCCAGUUUAUCUGUAUGGGAGUAAUUUCUCACCUGGUUAAGAGGCUUUAAGGGGGGCUAUGAUUCUGAGGUAGUAAAAUGCUCUCACAGAGGUUGAAAAAUGCUUGACUUCCCUCUUUAAUUAGUUUAUUCCUAAACAAUUACUGUUCCACUUAACACAGCUACAAAGACUUCAUUGUGCUUGCUAUAACAUCUCAGACUAACAAGCGUUGAAAAACAGCAAUUUUACAUAUAUAGACAUUUCUUUUCAUCACAUAUCUAUUUCAAACUUGUCUCUAUGAUAGGAUAUUAUCCGACAAGCAUUAAAAUUGUGCAUCGCCCUCUUCCCUGCAGUCCACAUUUCUUUAGAUUAAUCUGCCCUUUUAGAUCAAAGCAGCUGCUAGUUUAAUUUUGACUGUCUUUCCAAAUAAACUAAAAUCACUAAACUUUGGUUUAAGUCACUAAACCAAACCAAAAUUAUUUGACAUAUGAGGAAUAAACAAAAAUUUAACUCUGGAUCACAUUUCGACUCUUUACUGUCAAGCCAAUGAACUUUAGCCGUGCAGUUCAGACUGUGGUUUUUCUUCUGACCACUGAGAUUAAAAAAUAUUCAGGAAGAGGGCAUUCAGAGGCUGAGUGGUUACGAUUCUGGCAUCAUGAUCUGUGUGAUUUGAACUGACAAAACUGUGCCAAUUUUUUUUUCUGCAUGUAGAAAGCAGUAAAAAUGUCAGUCAUUCAACUAGUUAAUCUGCAUGCCUGUUUUCCAUUAAAUCACCCAAUAGGACUGUAACAUACUGACAUGUAUAGAUGUUGAUAAAGUGAUUUUGUCCAAAAUAAGUGAACAAAAAUAACUUAACAUGGAUAUUUAAUUAAAGUUUAUCAUUAUUUUAAGUGUUAUUACAGCUAUGCAGAUUAAAGCCCUCCUGUGGAUGCAAUGACUGUGAUUAAGUCCUCAUCCAGCCACUGCGACGUCAAACUGAGCACACCAAAUGGAUCUAUGUCAGAAGUCUGUAUGUCUUCGGUAAAACUGAGUCACUGGUGUUGCUGAUCAGACUGUGAAUGUGUGAGGAGAUCAUAUCAUAUAGACAGGCAGGUAGGGAGUACUGGGACAGCUUCGAUCUGUAAUCUUAGAAACAGGUUGGUCACCAAGUGUUUGUACAGUCAGCGAUUUUAUCAGUAGUUGCGUUAGGUUUUGGUUUGUCUUUGUUAGACAUUGCAGUUUUCAAAUAACUGGCACUAGUGCCCUCAGUACCAACAUUGUGGCCUCUUUAGCUUCAUAUUCCUGUCAUACACCUUUUUUGAGAUGAUACCUUUUCAUGUGACACAUAGGACUCAUCAGGUCAGGACUUUCUUCCUCUUCUUAAAGUACUUGCAGCUCAUGUUUUUAAAUCACAACUCCAUCAUUCUCCUCCGAAAAAGAUAUAGACCAGUGACGCCAUGUUUGCUAUCAUGUCAUCUUGCUGCUUUUCUGUGUCAAACUGUGUAAACAUGUGAGUAAGGCUACUUUGCGAAAACUGUUGUAACACAUUUAUAUAAGAUGAUUGAUUUAUGCCAUUAUUGAUCAAUUUAUCAGUAUGUGAUGGUGAAUCCUGUAUUUUCAAGUGUUUUGAUUACACUACAUGCUGUAUCUUGCAUUUUUACAUCUGUAAUGACUUAAAAAGUUAAGUCCCCUCACAUGAGAGUCUUUCUGGCAUGCCCCCUAGUGGUCAAAACUCAUAUGAUCGAGGUUUAAUAAUAACAUAUGUACAGCUGCUUUAAAUUGCACCAUAAAUAAUGUACUCUGAAUCACAGCAGUUUAGAGCCACUAAGCUAACUGUUUUAUUUUGGCCUCUGAAAGAACAUAUUGUGUCUUUUCCAAUCUUGGCAUUUCCCUCAUGUUGGUGGCUGUGAAUGAACCUGACUGCCGUGAUUAACAUGGAGCCAAACCAGCAGUUAUUUAAAUAUCAUCCCCUGUUCAGUCCAAUACACAGCAGGAGCGGUGAAGUUGUAAUGUGAUUUAGGCCAGGAGGAGGCUCAAAGAAAAUGUUUCCUCCUCUUAACCACUGCAUUUCCCCUGAGGAAACCAGCCCAUAGAUGAGUGGCUCCUUCAAUGUCAGCACACACUAAUAAUACAUCCUGUUAGACAUGCCAGGUUGUAUUUUCCGAAGGGCGCCCACUACCCUCCAUCCCAACAGUCAGCUUGGCUUAAGAAAGACGCAUCAGACAGGGUUGUAAUUUUGUUCAAUUUGUGUUUGCACUUGUAGUGAUUUGAUUUGGUUUGAUGUGGCACAAGGUAGGAGCCUGUGAUUUGUCAUGUAGAAAGGAUGGCUGUGGCUGAAUGAAACAAUAGCUGCUCUGUGUCUCUCUCCCUUCCGUACAGUUUGAGCCGUCAGAAAAAUAUUCUGAUGGAAAGCAGGGGAAGCUCUUGGUCUUAAACCUUACAGGACUGAACUAUUUCUGUAGCAUUGAAGAAACCUACUUUUUGGCUGUACUGACUGAAUCUGAUUAGUAGGUAAAUGGCUGCCAACAGAAAAAGAAGUUUGAUUGGAAGAUGUGUGACAAGUUAAUAAAUGUUUUAACAUCCGUUUUGGCCAUAGACUGUAUAUAGAAUGGACAGAGUCUGCCUCCUUGCUAGGUGAAGCAAAGCUUAUAGGGCUGUGGACCAACUUUAGAAAUUUUUUACACAGAACAUAAUUUUUCUCCCCUCUGGUUGUGAUGUUGACAUAUAGUUAUUGUAAGACUGGUUUGUGCCCAAGUCCUCUUUUUUCUGUGAAGCUUUUUUUUUUUUCAAGUUAUUUGAGGGUUCAUGUUUUCUAUGAUUGACACCUGAUACAGCCUAUGGGCGUUCAGGGAUUGCGUAGCUCUCCCGGGGGAUACGCUGUUUGAACCAAGCGUCAUCCCGGAAAUACCGAGAGCUAUUUGGCUUCAAAUCCGUAUACAGGCAGUAGGUGGAACCAAGUUGUCCAUAGCAUAUGCAGUCUAUGGUUUUGGCUCACAGCACCAAAGUAGAACAAAGACACAGUAUGUUUUAGUCUUCAUAGACAAACUGCCAGGGAAUUCAUCUGCUUUAGUGAUAACCAUGUUGUUUCUUUCUCUCAGCCCCUGUAUGACGGAAAGUGGCAUCAGCUCAAACUGUUGGUGAGGCCAAGUCAGGUCACCAGUUUCCUUGAUGAUGAACCGAUGCAGGAAGUGAUGUUGGAACCAGUGGAACCCAUUUACAUCAACGGGGAGACACAGGUGGCCAAGAGACGAGGAACAGACGUCACUGUACCUGUGAGUAACAACAAUAACACAGUGACUCACAAACAAUCCUGAAAAUGGAAGAAAAUCUCAAGUAUAUUUAGUACCUCAAAUACUAAAGACCCCUGUGCAUGGCUGUAAUGCACAAUAAACAACAUAAUUUUUCUGUAGCAGCCCUUAUUGUGAAACACCAAUAAAGAUAUAAUGCUUACAUAAACAAGAGCUUGUAAAACAUGUUUUCCUUCACCCAAUAAUCCUUUUACAACCCCAAUUCUCAACAGAUGAUAUCAAUGUAGCAGAUUUUAAAUAUGCAAAUCAUUAAUUUGCAACAGGUUAGAAGCAUGACUGGGAAGUUAAGGGCAUUACAAAGAGGGUUAGUCUCUCAGAGGCACUGGAAUGAAGAUACACAAUACUUUCUGAGAGACUGUGAGAGGAAAGAGUUUAACCGUUUCAGAAUAAUGGGGAUUUGAUCAUCUGCUGUACUUGAUAUUACCAAAGAAACGGGAAAAUGGGGGUAAACCAUGACUGGAUGGCUGUGAUCUUUGGGCCCUAGAGCAGCACCUCAUUAAAACAUCUAUGACUCUGAAGUGGUCACUGCAUGGGCUCUAAUCAUUUCUAAAAACAAAUGUUCUGUACAUGCACAAAUAUAAAUCCAAACUGUACAAUGGAGAGAAGAAACCAUAUAAACAUGAUUCAGAAAUGACUACUCUUACCUUUCCUUUUUUCCUUUUCUUUUUUUUCUCUUCCAGAUUGAAAUUCAAAAGCUGCGUUUGUACUGUGACCCUCACCAGAGUGAAAGAGAAACAGCUUGUGAGAUCUACUCAGUGGUAAGAUUACCACUGUUACCUGUUAGUGGUCAUAUCUAAUUAUUAUUAAUCAAUUAUUUAAACCCUUCUUUUUUUCUCUUAUUCUGUUUUCUGUACUAUACAGGAUGAUGAAAGGGUAAGUGCUCUUUCUAUCAUAUCUAUCAGCCUCUGAGAUAAUGCAAAGGCAGUCAGAGCAUAACUCAAGUAGCAGUUACUCACUUUAAAGCAUUACUUAUGUUAAUCACUGAUGGGGCAAAGUGCUUUAUUGUGACUUUUGGUGAUUAAAUUUCAUUUUAAAAGCCCCAAAUCAAGUGUCAAUGCCUCAAUCUGUAAGUUUUUGUGCCAGGUUUGGCUCCCUUAAAUUUAAAAAAGGAAAGACUUUAAAGAAGGAACAAAAUACAAAGAAAAUAGUGGGGUUAAAAAAACAACAAAAGGAGAAGAAAAACCAAAGGGGAGGAUCUUUCUUUCAGGAAGUGGAUGUCACGCAUACAAAACACACCGACCAAAUCCCAGUGUAUACAAAUUAUGAGGCAUCAAUAAUGUUAACAGGAAAUUUGUAAACAGUGAAACUUGCUUCGUGUUGCAGACACUUUGUUUCUGUUUCUCCAGUGCCCUCUGAAUCGAACAGCAACAACAGAGGAGGAGGACUGCAACUGUGUGGUCGGACCACCGGGACAGCGUGGUCUGCCAGGACGCAUGGUAACACACGCACACACUCUUUCACUUUUCAGAACCAUUCGCCAUAAAACAUGUCUCAUGCCCUUCUGAUGAUUCUGCAUCAUUACUGUAAAGCCUCAUCCCGCAUUUGGUGAAUAAAAACAUCACAUCCCAUAUUGAGGUUCUACGCAAACUAGCAGCUCUGUAUGAAAUAAUCCAUGGUGGUGCAUGCUGCAUGGAAAAAGGAGGACAACCGCAACAUGCAAAUUGCAAACUAGUAGACUACUUACUGUGUAUUUAAUGUGGAAUUGAUGCAUUUUACCAAAAAUAUACAUUCUUAGACCUCAGAUUCUGCCAUCUACUAAUGACCUCUAAUUACUUCUAGUUGUGGGGAAUCUAUCCUAAUGAGACACAGACAGAGUAUUAUUAUCCAUUUCUUACUGAAGGAGCUACCAUGUCUUACAGAACUGGAAAAAAGUUGGUUGAUUCAGACCUGGUAGAAUCUCAUAUUUAUUGGUGUUUAGUUUCUUUCUAAACACCAAUUAGGCCAUGAACAGUUUCAUAUGUGGUGCUGACAUUCAGUUCAUCAUAAACGGUUGGCUUUCUGGAAAACAUGAUGCAGUCGGUGUUGAUCAAUGGCUAGAGCUGUCUGAUUUUGUGCAUGUCAUUCCGAAUCAUUCAGAUGACCAAGGUAUGAAUAAUGAUGUCCUGCUUUAAAGACAAUUUGAGGAAAAUAACACAUAAUAAUCUUGCAAAUGGAUAACCCAGCUUUUAAAGUUAUAAAACAUUACUUUCAGUUACAGCAAUCGUACACACCCUGACGCAAUCAUAAGGUGGAUUAUAUUAACAAACUUUGACUAUAAGUUCCUUCAUCCUUCUGCAGUACAACUCUUACUUAAAGCUAUGCUGUGAUAUUAAUAAUAAUAAUAAUAAUGCAUCAGAUUUCAUAUAGCGCUUUAUCAGAGACCCUCAAAGCGCUUUACAUUGGAUACAUCAUUCAUUCGCUCACACAGUCACACUUUGGUGGUGGUGGAAACGUGGCUGCCAUUCUGCGCCUACGGCCUCUCCGCCACCACCACACAACACUCACAAUCAUACACCAGUGGAGGACACACACUGGGAGCAAGGUGGGUUAAGUGUCUUGCCCAAGGAGGGGGGGAAUCGAACCGCCAACCUUCCGGUUAUUGGACGACCGCUCUACCUCCUGAGCUACUGCCGCCCCGGCAGUAACUUAAAACUUAAAGCUCCUGUAAGAAGUGUACAGCUGGUAAUAAAACUGACUAAAAUAUUAUGCUAAUGUUUUUGUUUGAUCGACAAAUAUAUAAGACAACAUGAGGAAGUAAUUGAUUAUUUUUAUAUUGUUAUAAUUUAUGCUUGUUUAUGCUGAGGUGGGGUAGGUGUCAGAUUAAGAGAUUAAUGGCGACUGCUCGGAAGAUUUUAUCGAUAAAUUCCACUUAAAAUAUUUUUAUUGAGUGAAAUUUCAAGGAGAGGUGGAUGAGAUUUAUUUAUUUUUUCCUGAAACCUAUAAACUCACUUGGGCUGAACAAGAAAUGGCUUUGUCCACAGGGGCGCCAAAAUCAGCUUUAACCAAAAGUCUCCUACAGGAGCUUUAAUGAUAUGCCAAAGCCUAUAACUCUGGUGUCAUGAUGGAUGAAUUUUUGCCACAGGGUUUCCGAGGGGAGAAAGGAAGGGAGGGGCCACCAGGACCUGAUGGUAAGCCUGUAAGUGCUAAUCGCUUUCCUCAUUACUUUAUUUCUUUUAACACUUUACCAGUCUUUAUUAGACAGGUUAUCCUGAUUGAAUCCUUGUUUCUUAUAUCUGUCUUCAGGGUAAAGAGGGCAAACCUGGGGUACUUGGCCCUCCUGGAUUACCAGGACAGAAGGUAAAGUACUGUUGUGUUUAAUCACCUUCCAAAAGCAAGUCCAGAUCAUUUCUUGCAUAAACAAAGUUAUGUCAGCAUGUCAUAGCAAGACACAAGGAAGUUUUAACUUUGAAGGUUGACGUUUCUGUGUUUUCUUACAACCCUUAUAUUAAGCAUCAAAAAAUAUAGUUUGAGUACCAAGGAUAUAAAACAUAAACAUGCAUGUUUUUAUAUUAAAAACUAUGAGAAUUGGUCCAUAACUGAGUAAACAUUGAUAGGUUGAUCACAACACAAGCCAAUCUAGUACAACCAACCACCAUGUUUAAAUCCUACAGGAAAGGUUAAACAAAAUUAUAGUAAAUAAGGGUCAACAAAAGCUCUCACAAAAAUUGAAAAUGAAAAGAAAAACUCAGACAAGUGGACCAAGAUUGAGCUCCAGGCUUCGCUGAGUGUUUUUGUGAUGGAGAAGACAUAAAGCAAUUUUGACUCAGCAAAGCAAAAAAAAUCUUUGAAAGUAACUCCUGCAAACAUACGACACUGAGGGAUCGAACACAUAACAGUGAGGUGAGAAUUUGGAAAAACUUAAAGACCACAACAACCAAAGUGAGUCUAAAUAUUGCGCCAUCCGUGGCAUAUGCUGGUGAUGCGGGCACAAAGGAUUCAACAGUGAGACUCAUUCUAAUUAAUGUUGUGUUGAAUACAUUUUUUUAAGCAACUGUCAGCCAGCUUUAAGGUUCUUAUCAGUCAUCACUGUGGUGGUGCAGACAAAAAAAGUUCCCAUGGUGUUUAGUUCUCAGGUAUAGUCCCUCUUUAUCUAGUCCCCAGAACUGUCAGGUCUAACAAAACACCUCCUGUAUUUUUUCUCAUUCUCAUCUUUCAUGAUUCCUAUUAGUGAGAUUCCUCCAAUAUGGCUGUGUCUGCUGUUAUGUAUAUGACACCCAGUUUGAAAAACGUGAUGUAAAUCUUAUGAAGCUGAUUCACAGUAAAACACUUUUUGAUAGGGUGAAGUUGGCCCUGAAGGACCAAAGGGGGACCCUGGACCAAAAGGCCUGAUGGUAAGUCUGUAAGGAUGUCUAAGUGUUGUGUGUUUUAUGAUCUACUGCCAGCACUGACAGUAUCUCCUUCUGCUGUUAAUACUCAGGGGGAGAGAGGGGAGCUAGGUUUACAGGGAGAACCAGGACCCCCAGGACUUAAGGUGGGACUGUGCUGUACUGACAUUUUCUUUGUUUCUCAUCUGCUCCACAUUUUAAACAACGGUAAUGAGAAAUAUCAGAAAGAUCUGACCAUUUAAAUGAACCAUAAGGAAGUGAUCAGCCAAAGUAACAAAUGAUGGUGCAAGAGAUGAGUUACCUGAUAUGCUAUGAGAAGCCUGUACAACAUAGAAAACCAGUUGUUCAUAUGUACUUUUAAAGUUUGGGUACUUUUGACACCACCACAAAAUAACAGCACAUUUCUAUCCAUGCAGGGUCUUCCUGGUGAGAGAGGGGAGUCAGGGCCUCCAGGAGAAAGUGGACCAAUGGUAAGAUCCUUUUCCUCUUGUCAGUCAUGUGUCUCCAGUAUGAUUUAACCAAUCUAAGUGAUGUGGCAGGACUGGAGGUGUCUGUUCAUGAAAAUAAAACACCAUGCUUGAUAAAACAACAUAACCAUGCCGACCAGAGCUAAGGUAAACAAUCUCGCUCCAUAUAAACAGAGGUAAAGAGAUUAACUCCUGAGUUUUGGAGGUUUGGCUUCCUCUGUGCACAUGUGAGUGUGUUUGGAUUUUCCUCCUGUCACAGCAAUGUCUGCAGUGUUUGGCAGCACCAUGUUUGAAGUGAAACAGGUAAUUACUGUAAUGGUGUUGAAUCUGGCUGCUGCUGUUCCACGUUGUUUCUCAGUGUGUGUUUAUUGCCUGACCAGGGGGAGCCAGGAGAACCAGGCAGCAGCGGACAGGUUGGGCCACCAGGACUAAAGGUCAGUGCAGACUGUAGCUCCUAAAGAUGGGGAAUUAAAGACGCCCAGACUCUCUCUAGUAUUGAUAUUUUUUUAUUCAUCAUUCAUUUUUAUAUUCAUUCUCUUCGAUUACAUCCUUGAUUCCUAAGUAUUCAUACACUUUCCAUCCUUUUUCUUGGGACAGCUGUCAGCAGGAUGUCUAAAAUAAGUUUAAUACGCUGGGAGUGACUUUUGUCUCAGUUUUCAGACUUAGCAAGGAUGCCGUCUUACCCCCUUUCCCACACUUCAGACUUGAAACCAGACAUUUGAUAAGCUUUGUUCGUCAUGCUCUUCUUAUUAGCUAUGAUAGCGCUGCCUGCACAAGCCCAGAACAUCACCACCUGAGAGAAUGACUCAGACGUACAGCUCAGAUUUCCUCCACAAAACUAACAAUAGCUGUGCUAAAUAUACAACACAGUCUCAUGGUAUUUAAACAAUAGAUAAUGUGCUUUGCAAGGCAAUUAUUAAUCAAUAAACAUCAUGUAGGAGGCUUUGUACACAUCAAUACAGGUGGAUUGUGGGAAUUCAAAUCAAUUCAAUCUAGUUAAUGAAUUAUUAAACUGCUAUUACUCAUGUCUGAAUAAGAGAGGAUUGAACAGCUACAUAUAAAUGAAUAAAAACGUGUUAGACUCACAUCAGUAAUGCUAAGAUAAAAAAGUGGGCAGCAAAACAUGCACAUUUCCAAAAAAUAGACAACAAAAAGCAAUGUACUAUGAGCUUUUUGUUCUGUGGAAAGUCUGUAGGAAUCUAUGCUCUCAAAUGUGACGUAAGUACACAACACCAAACUGAGAAAUCCCAGACCUGUUGCAGGGACACCUCUUAGAAAGAGUGCUGUGUACAACCUAGCCUAGUUCAUGGCAAUCAAGCUGAGGGAUGUUAGAGCAGUGAUGGUGGAAAAAAAAAAAACCAAGAACAUAAAGCAUUUAUUAUACAACUUUUCAUCUUAUGCAAAAGAAAAACAAAAUAUGAUGCAGUCUGAAUCUUUUCCAUGCUUGGCACUAAAAGUAACGCACAGAAAAAGACAGAUUAAACAGGUAUAAGGUCAGCACAUAAAUCUGAAAUCUACCCCAGGUAAAUGAAGUCAACACCAUGUACUACAAACACUGUAUGGGACGUUCCCUCGUGGUGACUUAAAGAGAACAAGUUUGCUAAAUGAAAGAGCACAUGUACACACAUCUGCAGGCAUGUGAGCACGCCCACCAGCUACAAGUGUACGACGCUAUUUUGAGCCUCCUCUGAACUUCUUUGAGUGUUGUACCAGUUUGAGUCACAGCCCAGCUCAGUAAUUUGGGACUCUUCCUGUUAUCACAAUAAACUACUUUCCCCAAGAAUCUGGAGUCACUCCACACCAACCGAAGGGUGGUGGUCCACAGUGGUGAGGUUGAAACUGCGCACAGUUGGUGUCCAUAUGUGGACGGGGGCGGUGGGGGUGUGUGGUAACUGUGUUUUAGAAAUACAGCUAGCAGCUUACAGUUGACGUACUUUUGAAUAACACAAACUCCAACCAGCUGAUAACCACAAACCAAACCAAACCAAACCAAACCAAACCAAACCAAGGAGUGUCCCCUGAGGUUUACACAUCCUACUAAUCUUCCUCAGAAGCAUUCUGAUCAUGUAGAUUUAACAUUGUUAUCUGUCACCCCAGUCUAUGAUGGUAAUUAUGGAACACAGAGCAGGUAUGGGCAGGUCUGUCUAUGAUGUUUACUGUUAAAGCAGAGGAGGAAAUCUUAGUUUUAUGACAUAAUCCCAACCUAGAGACAUAAACCGAGGCUAAACUUAGCAUCUGCUCAGUUUAAUAAGCCAAGUUGUGUAAAAAAAGAAACCUCUGUUCAUUACAGUUUACAGCAGGAUGAAAUGCUAGCCUGGUAACAUGACUGAAUUCUCCAUACUGAUAUUCUUUGUCUGUAUUCUGAAAUACUGAAAUAAAUGCCCUCUAAUUAACAAACUCCCUUACCAAUUAGACAUUUAUUUUGAUCGUGCAGGUUUUUACGAAUUUCGUAUUUUGGCAAACAUUUGUGUAGUCCAUUUUUUUACAUUAUCCAAAAAUUGUUCCCAAAAAAAUCUCAAAGCUGGAGUGUCUGGUUCUGAAAAAAUAUUGUUUGAACUGUGUGUAUGGUUUAUAUGAUUGCAACUAUAAAGCUUUGCUGCUGUGAUGAUUAACACCAUGGUAAUAUGCAAGAACAGCAACACAAAAAGUCAAUAUACAGGCUCCAGAGAUACUCUAUGAACAUUCCUGCUGUUGCACCUGAUAUUAGAAGAACAGGAUAGUAUUUGCUGCUUUGUUUCCAGUCAUCCAAAAAAAAAAAAAAAAAAAAAAUUACUUGGAAAAUGUUUUUGCCACAUCUGUUAGCAAACAUUCAUUUUUUAAUAUCCAGGAGACACACAGAAGCGUAAUCAAAAGGAAGUCCAAUAUUUACUCCCUUGAACUUCAGUUUCAACCACCAGCUCCUCAGCUAAAUAUCUGCCUCUGCAGCUGAUAAAUGUCCACCUGCUGGUUGCUAACUGUGAGUGUCUGCUCGUGGUGCUGACAGUGUAUCGCUCUGUUGGUGGAGCAUCAGAUUUAUAUCACUGAAAACAGCUGCGGCAGCUUCUCAAACAGCGAUAAGGGCGAACUAAAUGGCUGACAGACUGAACUGUCGUGCUGUGUAGUGUUGUAGAUAAUUCUCUGUGGUCUUGUCCCCAUCAGUAACACCUCUUAUGUACUUGUUUGGUCCAUUUCGUAUCAUAUACAUAAAGAUAAGUGGAGCUCUAAACAGAUUUGUAAUUUGUAACAAAGAAACCUUUAACUCCCAGAUGGUAAACUUAUCACAAGUUCUCGGAAAAAUCUGCUGUUGCCCUGACAGAUGCCACAAGACCAACAAACAGAAUUUCUUCAUGCAAUGUCAGGGAACAUUGAGCAUCCUAAUGAUUUACAGCCAUAAACAGAGCCCAGAAACCUGUGCAGUAACUUCUUCUUGUGUGUAUUGUAUUGUUUUGAUGUUGUCAUUAACUUGUCGGUUUUUACGUGAAAGGUGAAGUAAAUCACUGAUGUAAAAUACUUGGUCUUCUUGUAAGAGUCUUGGCAUUACUUUAAAGCUGAUUUUGGAUUUAUAGCAGACAUUUGGACCUAAGACAUUUUAAUAUCUGUCUUUCCCCUCUAAUUUCUCUCCUUCCUUUUACCAAACUGGCCAGUUAUAAAUCACAGAAGCAGACGUGUACUUGGCUGUAUUUGUUUGAAGUAUUUUUGGAUGGAAAUGUUAGUUUCCUGCUAAUAUUUGUUGAAGUCGGACACGGACAUUUACUCUGGAGAGAUGUGUAAAUAAACACACCAAGGGUGAGCUGAGAGCGUCACAGAUCCAACAAGGUUUUAAUUCAGCUCAGAAACAAACUGUAUCUUCCUCAAGUCACAGUGAUGACUUCAGGAGGACUUCUCUGCCUACAUGGCUCUAGCAGAGGCCAAUAUGAUGGACAUCUACUAAAAAAUAUCCUGAAUAAAUUACUCAGGCACUUGGAAAAUUAUUUUAAGUGCUCUUCUGGGUGAAGAUUUCUUUGGCAUUCAGCUAAGUCCACAACAUGCAGUUUUAGUGCUUAUGCAUAGCUCUUUCUAACAGCAGUGAAGAGGUCAACAAACCGGCUAAUCUCUUAGAUCUCUGACCUCAGGCAAGAACUCCUCUUCCUGAUGUCUUACACACUAGAAUUUCACCCUUUUAAGAACCCAAAAACCGAUGCCUGGUGAUCUCUCAGGCUGCGGCUUUGGGGAUAAAGAGAUCUGGUUAUAAGAAAAAAGCAGAGAGCAGUAUUGUGAUGUAUAGAGAUAAGGAUAUCUUGCAUAUCCAAGCCCCCUAACCAAAUAAAGAUCUCAAUUUCACCACAUCUGCAAAGAAACAGACAAGGGGCUCUUUUUUUGUGCCUCACUGGAGACGCGCCUAUGGCGCGGCGUAAGUCAGGUCCCAAGCACAAUUUGGUAUUUUGGUGAGCGGCGCAGCCCGGCAGAAGUAUCCCCCCACCCUAACUCAGUUCCUACCAGCGGCAUAAGUUGUAGCGAGGGAGGAGAGAGGGCAUGGAGUGGAUUUAAUGUAUGUCCAGGUCCAGCUGCGCGAGAAACAAGAGGAAGAGGAAGAAAGAAAAGGAGGGAGAUGAAUACAUAUCUUGUUCACUUCAUCAUUUGUCUAUCUAUUUACUAGAUAUUUAAUUUAAUUGAAUGUGGUUUCAGCUGUGUUGAUUCGGUCAGGUUGUGUGUCCAAGUGCGUGCCAAACGCGCUCAUCAGAUCAGAUAUAGAUCAGAGUAUAUGUUUAUAUAGAUCUAAAUGUAUGUGCUGACUCAGAUUUUAGUUGUUGUUGAUUAUUUAUUGCAUUUAAAUGUGCCUGACACUGUGGAAAUCUGCCGGUGAGGCAUCAGUGACGUAUACCGAUAUUCCGCAGGUCUACCAAAAUACCUCUAGACCAGCUGCAUUUCGCCCGCGCUGAAAGCUGACCAGGUUUGAAUUGGCGAGCUUUCAGCGCACUUUAUCCGCCGGUGGCGAGCACGAAAAUGUUACUCCACCUGCUGAUUCUGUCGACGACACCUCCCCCUGCCACGCCCAGCUUGGCGGACCUCGGUGCGCCUCAGUCCACGAAAACACCAAACUGGCUUUACGCCAGGCUCUGCCAGACGAAAAUACAACUGCGGAGGGUGGGUCCGCCACCCUCCGAGCUCUUUUUUUUACAUCAUACAAUUCUUUGUUGGUUUUUGAGGAGGAAUCAUGAAGCCUAAAGAUUCACUUUGACCCAUCUAGAAAACCACAAUGUAGACAUCGAGCUUUUUUUUUAUUACAGUACAUUUGUAAAUACUGCUGUUUAAGGCCAGGUCAAAAUUGAUUCCCAUACAGCUAAUAACCAGAGGAUUAAAACUCAUUGAUAAAAAAGUAUUAAAAAAAUAAUCCAGAUUGUAUCAGAGUCCAGUUUUCUCUGAGUGUGGUCGCCGCCUCGGGAAAGAUCUUCUGCUGACUGUGAAGAAUUUGCGCGCACCCAUCCAUGACAGCUCCAUUGAAUGUUAAUGAGGCCUAAACAGAGACAUGCUGUACAAGGCUUUAGGCUGUCAGCAUGGCCUUUAAUCACACACUCCCACACACAGACACACACAUAACAGGGCUCUCUUUAAGCAAAGAGCCAUACAUCAACCUUCAAACCAGUUUCACACUCAAGUCAGCAUGUUUGAAAUAAUCCGUUUUGUGUUACUUUUAGUCUCUCAUUAUCCCGCAGACUUCUCUGCAGACACACAGACAGAGGUUGUGGAUCACAUUUCACUCCUGUAAUUUCAGUUUUAACUGACACCUGCAUAAAGUCAUCUGAAAAGAUGUUUUAAUGUUUAGGACAGUAAGACGUUUUUAUGUGUUGAAAACCAAAUUAACAAGCAGAAGUGUGUUAUCAAAUCCAAACACAUAGAAGAGAGCGACAAGCCUUUGUUGCUUAAUUUGAUAGACAAUAGUGUCCUCCUUCAAAUAAGAGAGAAGCUCCUCCUUUCAGCUGGGCGUAUUUUUAACCUCCGGUGUUUGUAAUUUGGCAGCAAGUUCAGAGAGCUUCAAAAUACAUCUGUAAGUCAGAACGUCUCCAUCCUGCAGCCUGUUAGACCUUAAAAUUAUCAGUUUUUACCCACAAGUGCAGAUGAAACCGUCACUCCCUCAAGCAGAAUUCACAUGGUCCAGAGAAAACCAAUUGAAACAAAGAAAUGAAUUAAUGAACUGAACUUUCAUCCCAAAUAUGUUUGAGUUGGUUGCAGACAUUUAAAAUUCAUCAUAUCUUCCCUGCUGAACAUCUAAUCCAUCACCCAGAACACUGAGUUUAUUCCUGUUACGCAGGCUGAGCUGGAAUCUGCAAUAAAUGCACCACGGUCACAGAUCUCCUCCAUCUAGGGGCUGAGUCUGGACCCCAAACUGACUAAAAUAUGACUAAAACUUAAAAGCAUCUUGUUCCAAAGACUAAACCUGAGACAGUAGCUCAGGAGGUAGAGCGGUCGUCCAAUAACUGGGAGGUUGGCGGUUCGAUUCCCCCCUAUCCCAAGUCUGUCAAUUGUGUCCUUGGGCAAGACACUUAACCCACCUUGCUCCCAGUGUGUGUCCUCCACUGGUGUAUGAUUGUGAGUGUUGUGUGGUGGUGGUCGGAGAGGCCGUAGGUGCAAAAUGGCAGCCAUGUUUCUGUCAAUCUGCCCCAGGGCAGCUGUGACUACUAAGGUAGUUUACCACCACCAAAGUGUGACUGUGUGAGGGAAUGAAUGAUGUAUCCAGUGUAAAGCACUUUGAGGGUCUCUGAUAAAGCGCUAUAUGAAAUCUGAUGCAUUAUUAUUAUUAAUGCUGCAUUCCAGACGUUGGAGCUGCGAAUGAUGUUACACCCGAGUUGAUGGCGUUCUAGUAAACAAGUGGAAAAACCAAAAUGGAUACCAACUGUAAGCCAUUGUUAGCUGUUGUUAACAAUUGUCAGCUGUCGUUAGCUGUUUUCAGUUGUUGUUAGCUGUUGUUAGCUGUCAUCAGUUGUUGUUAGUUGUUGUUAGCUAUACCAGUUGUAAACAAUGCACAACACAGUAUUUUACUCUUACAAACACCGUAGCACUGUGUUCACAGUUAGACGUUGGGCAGUACAACAUAUACCGCUUAUUUCAUUUUAGAAAAACAAAACAGAUAAUAAAAAAACAUUACUGGAGCUUUCACUAUUUCUUUUUACGGUUGAUGCACUGCGCUGCCAUCUUGGAUCAUGACGUUGUCAUCAAGUCGUGGUUGGAGAGGAUUGUCUGACUUUUUGAGUCAGAAAUCUGACUUCAGGGGGGUGUUCCAGAUAAAUUUCUGACUCGGAGCUCAGAAAUCCCGACUUCUGAGUACAACUGGAACGCAGCAUUAGUUUUAUACAGAUGACAAAAUGAGCCCUAUUGCCCACAGGAGGUCCAAUUUGGUAUGACCUGAAAAAUCCACACAGGAGCUUUAAUUGGCUUGUGAUAAUAAAAAAAAAAGAGUAACAAGGCACAAACUAAUUUUUCACAAAACUUCAGAGCUCAUUAAAAUCAUUUGAAAAAUCUUGAGAUCUGUGGUGUUAUACUGUUCAAACCAGUCAGAAGCUGCAGUCAGUGUCACUGUAAUUCUCACUUAACUAAAAUGUAAAAGAUCAUUUUUUCCUUUUUUUCCCCCUUAUUUAAGACUUAAACUCUAGAAGAACUGUGCCACCACUUAACUUUUAAGUGCUUCCAUUACACCUCCCACUUUGCUGCUCGCUCAUAAUUGUAACAUGAUAAUUUAAGUUUUUAAUGAGCUUGUUAAUCAGAGUGAUCAUAGAGGUGUGUUUUGCACAUGGAAACAUCCCAAGGGGGACUGAAGCACACACACACACUCAUGCACUCACACACUCACACACAGGUUAUGCUAUUUUGGAUGGCUGAGUCUUCUAACAUGCUUUACGGAGAACUGACAUAAUUUGUGGUUAAAAUGAUUCAGAUAAAUACAGCUUUUCUAUAUUUGUUAUUGAGAGUGGGUAGCUGGCAGGUUUUCAAAUGCUCCAUAAAGCAGAAGCUGGGGAAAGAAAAAUGGUAAGAUCGGAGAGUAAAGCGGGCUGGGUUGUGUCCUUUUUUUAAAUCAGGGUUUCUCCAAUUACAUCUUAUAUUUUAUAAAGGAUUGAACCCCGAGUAAGGUGUUGAUAAAACAGAAUUUAAUAGUUAAAAAAAUCCUGCUAUCCUGGAUUAAGAAUAUGAUGGGUCAAAAAUGGACAGUCGUUUUUACCUACACCUAAACGUUCGUUUUUGAUGAUCUUGUUUUGCUCAUUUGAUGUAUAAAAACACACAAAUCAUAUUGAACACAACAGCCGGGUGAAUGAGCCACUUCAUCCAAAUUACACACAAACACAACAUCAAACACACCCACAAAACCAAACCUUAUCACUCACCUCUGAUCAUAGUUUACACUGGAGAUAGUUGUGGGUGUUUUGUGUUUGAUUUGGCUCUACCUGUAAGGAUAGAAUAAAUGGAAAUUUAGGUUGUGGCACUCUGAAAGAUGACAUUUAAGAUUUGAAAUGAGAGCACCUUCAUCCCCUUUUAUCUUGAGAUUGCACAGGACAUACAUCCAACAGUUUUAUAGGGACUAUUUCUCUGCUGAAAAGUAGUCAUUAGACACACCGACCUUUAAAUCUUUAAGGAGUUGUUGACAUGUUUGUGGAUUUGGCAGGCAGAAACUGUUAGUUUUUGCCAGUAAAAAGUUCAAGACCCAGGAGUUCAUGACCUGUAGAAUUCUUGACAGAGUUUCUGAGGGUAUUAAUAUCUUUGAACAGUGUGGCAAACUGGUUUUGAAAUACCUUGAAUGUGACUUUAAAACAUCUACAAUAACUCUCUGUGUACACAUAGAGGGGAAACUGUCAAUAAAGCAUCAACUUAGAUAAUAAUCCUAAGUGAUGAUUGUAAUAAUUACUUUUUUCCUUUCUCAUUUUUUCAUUUUAUCUCAGUCUCAUUUUCAAGCUAAUUGCUUUGUAAAAUUAUGAAUUCACGUGAAUUCACAACUUUUUCUAAAAAAAAAAAAAAAAUCUCAAAAUAUUCAACUUCAGUUUAAUCAAACUUUGACUUGAUCCUCAUGAAAUUACAACUGUUUUAUAAAUAAUCAUUCUCAGUCUCAUAAAGUUAUGUCUCUAUUCUGGUCAAAGAUGACUAAAAUCCUGUAAAAUUACAACUUCAUCCUGUUAAAUUAACCACUUCAUUCUCAUAAAAUUCUGGCUUCAUUUACGCAAAUUAACAACUUCUAACUGGUCAGUUUAUGAGGUUGUUUUUGAAGUUUACCAACUUUUUCAUCCUUAACUUCUGUCGUCUCAAUUAACAACUUUAAUCUCAUAAAAGUGUGUCUCAAUCCUCAUAAAUAUCUUACUUAUUUUUACCUAAAUUUACAACUUCCAUUUUUAUAAAUUAACAACUUUUUUUGUCGUGAGAUCAGGAUUCUUUCCUGGUUAAAUUACAACUUCAUCCGUGUCAGUUUAUGACUCUUUGCAUGGUGUUGUUUAGUAAAGCUUGAACUGGUCUGUUAAAAAAAAGUUGUUAAUCCACAAAAUGAGGCUACCAACUGUAACUCUCCUUGUAAUGUCAGCCCAGCUUUACUGGCCUCAAACCCAGAAAAAAUAAAACCAAAAAUAAAACUCUCUAUUUAGUUUGAUUCUUUGUCUAAGAUCUAUUUUGUCAUGGUAUUGUUCUGCUGGCUCUCUAUCUUUUAUUGUGGCUUCUUUCAGAUCCAUUUAUUCAAGAGUAGUUAAACUUAGACACAUCCAGCUGUUACAGCCUCUUUAGUCUGAAGUAGCAGAUUAGUCUGCUGACACGACUGUGUUUCUGCUCUUGGUUCUCUUGUCUUUUCGCUCUUAUUGUAGACGUCCAGAGAUUUAUGUCAUCUCCUCAUUUAUUGGGCCGUGGUGGGCGUCUUGGCUGUGUAAUUAUGGGGUCUGCUGCUCUUACGGGUUUAUGUGCGUAGUGUGGUGAGACACUUCAAAAGAAAACAGACGCAGAGGGAGCUAAUUCAGUUGUUUCCUCACUGCCAACAUACAGACCUCUGCUCUGAAAAUAUAUGAUGUGGGGACUGGGUAACUUCUGUGUGAGCAGAGAGCUCUAACAGAAAGAAAGACUUCAAACCUCAUGGUGUCAUAUUUGGAGCCUUGCAGAGCACAGAAGCAGGGCCAUUGUUAGACCACAGAUGAAGACCAGAUUCAACUCAAAGCAGGUGUAAGAACCAGACCAGGAGUAAACCCACUUUCAUUACACCGUAGGAUCUGAAUGUCUGAAAAUGUUGAAAUAUGGUUACAAUUUUUUCCCCAUUAAGAAUUUGAUAGUAUCUCCUUCCAUUAUAUAAAGUUAUUUUAGAGAUUGUAUUUUUAUAUUUUAAGUCACCAAAAGCACUAUCCUCAAAAUGACUGAACUUCUUAUAGCACUCCCAGGGUAGUCGCAGCCUUGUGUGGGUUCAGUUCCAUUAGGACAAAUGGAAACAAAUGAUUGAUGUCCUAAAACCUAAAUUGAUGAAGACUUUUACAUUAAAGCAGCAUUUAAAACAACAGAUGGGGUCUGAGCCCUGUGUAGCUCUGGUGAUUUAUUACAUUCUCCAGUUAAAAUUAUAACCGAUAUAUUACAUUAUGAUAAGAUAAAUAUAAUGCUGUCAUACAACACAAUAUGUUAUAUUGUGAUAUGACAGUACCGUAUGAUGUAGUACAAUGUGACAUGUUACAAUAUGUUGUGUUACAUGAUGGUACGUGCCAUUAUAUAACAAUACAUUAUGUAACAAUGUGUUAUAAUAUGAUACACCACAAUACUUAAUAUUAUAUAAUACAGUAAGAUUAGUUAUGCUACUUACAAUACAAUACUAAACAAUAUAAUACAAUAUAUAAUGAUGCAUAAUGUUAAAAUAGCAUAUGAUCAAUACAGUGCAAUUUGUUAUUUAAGAUACAGUACAUUACAGUGUGAUUUGAUAUCCAUUUGAUACAAUACAAUAUGAUACGAUACAAUGCAAUACAAUACGCCAUGUUACAAUAUGAUAUAAUAUGUAAUAAUUGGUUAUAAUAUGAGACAAUGCAAUACAAUACAGAACAGUAUGAUACAAUAAGUUAUGAUACAUUAUGGGAACUACUAUUUGAUGCAAUAUGAUUUGAUACAACAUGAUCAUUUAGGUAGGAUACAACACAAUGCGAUUUGAUACAAUAGAAAUCAAAACAGUGUAUUUUGUUAGAGCGUACAAUAAAUCAUAUUAUUUAUAUUCUGUACCCAUGUAAAUAUGACUCAUGAACUUAUCGCUUUCUUUUUGCUUAACUAAGUUUCUUUAUCCUUUAAUUUCUCUUUGUAUGUCUGUAUGCUGCUGUAAAUUUGGAAUUUCCCCUUGUGGGACUAUUAAAGAAACAUCUUAUCUUAUCUUGUCACGAUAUAGUAUGAUACACCUCAUUGUUACCUGGCAGAAAUUAGUUGUGUAUUUAUGUGCUUCAGCUGCUGAACUGCAUUUGCAAUUGUACUAAUAAAUAAAACUGUGAAAUAAUGACAUCACAUACCAAGAUGAACUCAAGCAAAUAAGUAACACAUAGUGCACAUCACUGCACUUGAAUACUGAAUAAGUGAGUCCACCAGCCCCAAAGCAGAAGUUUGCUGUAUGAUCGGUGAAAGCAAAAAAAACACACAGACUCUCUUUGCAGAUAUUUCUAUAAUUACCAAACAUGCAAGCUCUGCAGGGAACAUCCUAAAAACUCCUUCAAAUGAAUGGCUUCAAGUACCACAGUAUGUUUUACAGCUUGUUUCACAUGUAUAUUACCAUUGCCAGUGUGUUAAAGUGGUAAACAUUGGAACCUGCUCACAUACCACUUUAAUAUUAAGCAUUCAAAAUAACACAGUGACACGGCAGAAAGAGGUCAGUGGGAACAACCGAGAAGUGUAUAUUUUUACGUCUUGGAUUUGUUAAAGCUUAAUUUGUAGUUGUGUUGUGGCUUCAAAUUUGCUUGUUUGCUGCUGUUCCUUUUUCGUCUAACAAGCUGCCGACUUACUCCGCAGAAUCAGACCGCAAGACUCCCCACGCAAGCUGGUGUUCAUGCGUCACUGUCGCUGUUGCACAUCAACUCACAACAAGGCAAAUUAGCAGCCUAUCGCAGAACUUUCCCUUGUCUGUGGUUAUGUGAUGCAGAAAUCCAGCUCCCACACAGAGCACUUCGUGGACUAAUAAAUCUCAUGUGCAGUGAGGUCAAGGACAGAUAUGAUCACAUUAAUGUUUUGAUGGAUUGAGUUUAAAUGGUUUUUAAAUUGUAAAAUCUACUAAUGGAGAUUGUGAGAUGAACAUACUUCAAAACAGAGAAUGAACUGAUCUUGAGUUGAGGUGAUUUGUGAUUCAUUCUGUCCAACACUGCACAAGGGCCAUUGCCUGUAACAGUUUGUAUUUUAUACCUUUUUCCUUGACUUUCUCUUUUAGUAGGCCAUGUUAUUCUUUACUUUAUCUUCAAAUGCUUAAAUUCUGUAAAACUGGCUUAAAAAUAUUUGCUAGAUCUGACACGUCUGUUGUGUCCACAGGGUAAGAUGGGGGACCCUGGACUUCCUGGUGCUGCUGGACCUCAAGGUGCCAUGGUGAGUUGAUACUGACUGACAUUACAUCUGGAAGCUGUUGAAUGGUUGUUUUACUUCAACUUAAAUCAAAAGUACUGUAUUAGUUUAAUAGAGUCUGUCUGAUGGAUGACAGGUCUGGUGGCCUAUUUUUUAUAGCUACCCAUGUUCACACAUUACGUUUGUGACACAGUUUUUCUCAGCCGCCUCAUGUAUCUACUGUCUGAUUUAUUUUAAAAACAGUCUCAGUUGUUGAACAUCACAGGAUCUCUACAUCCUUCAUCCAUAUGCAGCUGUAGUUGUGCGUGAAAGCUGCUCUCAGUCAUGAGGGCUACACCAGCCUUACAGAUAAGUGGUGCUGUUCACUGUUGGGAACAUUUACUAGCUUUCAAAUACUCAACCUCUAAUACAAGAUGAACCCUUUUUUUCAGAUGGAAAAAAGCAUAUUUAGUUCAAUAUGGUAAAUAAGUGAGGACUUCCAACCCGUUCAGCAAUGUGCUGUUUAUAUGCAGAUGUGUUGCUCUGUCUAGUGAUAUCAGUGAUGUCUGUAAAUGUCUUCCUGCCAGCUUACAGUAGGGUUGAUAGUUGGAUGGACCCACUGGCCACACCUAACUUCCAAACACAUAUGCAACCUCCCUUUCACUGAUCACUUGUUGUCUCAAAGGCAUGUUCCAGUGUAUGUUUGUGUCAUGUCUGUAAAUAGUGCACAAUUUUUUUUUCUGUGGCAAAAGAAAGUGCAGAAAGAUUUAUCUGUAGAGUGCAUAUCUAAACCUAAAUGAGUGCCUGGGUUAGAGUCUCGCAAAAUUAGCUAAAUUAAGUGUCAGGGUAUGCCCUGCCUGCAGAAGAUGGCAGCAUACCUAGCGUCUUGUUUCUACUGGCAGUUUCUCACUCACAGGAUUAACAUCCAUAGUGCCUGGUACACCGACUGAAGAUUGAAACUCCUUCAACCCCACUUCAAAAAUUUUAUAUUUAUAUCUAAGAUUCUUUUCAAUAAGAUAGCAGUCCACAUGUUUUGUUACAUAAUUAUAACCUAAUGUGGAAGAACAUUUAUUCAAAACUUGCCCCUCCAGUCUGGUCAGUCUUUCACUCAUGCCUUUGGAAGUGGUUUAAGCCUGAUCUUCUGGGUAAAAGACCAUGACCUAACAGAAUCCCUCAUGCUUGUAUGUUGGUUGUACUGUGUACAAAGCAUCUCACUUUGUAGAUGACAAAAAAGAGCAUCUUGUGCAGCAAAUAUUACGAUGCAUUAACUAGAGAUGCUCGAUAGUGCAGCUGAUAGACUCAGAUUGCGGUAUUAAGCCUCAGACCAAAGUGCAGAGAAGAAGCCUUUCCGGAUGUGUCUUUUUUUUGCCUUUUCCUUAAUCAAAAACAGUCCGUGUAUCUCUCUCAUCAGAGCCACAGGCAACUUUGUAUAACAGGUAAUAUAUCAGAUAAACCAAACUGACCUCAGACAAAUGUUCCAACAGUAUUUGUGGAUGAAUACAAAUGUAAGUCUGUGUACCAGUGAGUCCCAAAGGUUGCUUAUCAUGAAAACAAGCCAAUGGGCUCCGCUUUAAAAUAUUCCACACACUGUUCUGCUUGUCUCUACUGCAAGUUUAAUAUGUUUUUAUAUCAAGCAGUGAAAAAGACCAAAAUAAAACAGGUUUAUUUACAUGGAAAAUUCCCAUUUGCAAGCUCAUGUCCUCAAGCAUCACAUGUCUUUGGAGAACCAAGACUGUGGAAUGUUACUCCAUGUUUAUGCACUCUUCAUGUUCACACUUUUACAUCCUGCCACUGUAAUUGUGAUGCUGGUAAAGUCAUAACCAUUACUCCCCGCAACCCUACACUCACACUUUAUAGGAAGCAGAGUGUGAAGCUAAGCACUCAUGCACUACAUGUAUCCACAUACCUCUCGGGGUCCUUAUUUUUCCUUUCCUCACUAAUUACACAGCCUUCAGUACUGAUAUCUAGACACCCUGUAACCUCUUAUUAACACACAGGGGAAACCCAUGUUAACAUAUGAACGCACAGACCACACAGUCAACUUUAACAGACAAGAUUGCGUGCAGAAACCCAGAACCCAAGUCCUUCGUAAUCAAGCUGAAAUUAACAUGAACCGCUCCGAGACAAGAGCUGUGGAUGCAGCUUUUAUUGUAAAUAGUUUUACCAUGCUACACUGUCCCAGUUGUAAUUGCCUUGUAACAGUAGUUGCAUUAAACUGUCUCCAUGUUCAUUUAAGGGUCUUUGUCUGUUACUGGAACUCAGACAUGAACAAGCGGACAUAUACAGAGUCACAAAGGCAGCAGUGAAAGACGGUCUAUAUAUAUUUUUGGAGACAGCUUUUGUCUUGAAGUGUUGUUUAGAUGCUGUUACAGAAAAGACAACAGAUGGAUACAAAUAACUACUUUGGGUACAAAAGCUGUUUCACUUAUCUUUGUCCUUCAUACAUAAAGAAAUCUUAUAUUUUUGUUCACACAAAACUCUCAAAUGAAGUCUUAUGCAGCGAGAACUAAAAAAACUAAUCUUGUGGUUUAUCCUACUUCGAGAUUUUACUUGUAUUUACAAACAGGUGAGUGAUUGUGAGGUAUUUAGCUUCCUGAAAAAUGCAACAGUUCCAACCUCAUGUCAUACGAGCCGAGUGUAAAAGGAAUGCAGAGAAAUAUCGAUACAAAAUGCUCCUUAAAAUGACAACAUGAAAAAGUUUAUGAACAUGAGACAAACCGACAUCUUUACAUGGUUUUAUUGAUCUGAGAUGCUGAUCAUAUAGGCUACAGUGAAAACAAUACGUAAACGGUCUACCUGUUCAGGUAGAAUGAGAAAGAAUUGGAUUUUCUCCAUAUUUUUUUUCUAUCUGUGUAUCAGCCAAUCACAGCUUUCAUACAGAUAGGGUCAGCCCCUGCCUCCUCACUCAGAUAAGAAUUUCUCUCUCUUCCUCACUCAGAGUUGCUCUGAGAUUGUUUCUAAAUCACUCUUAAGCUGGGACUCCUUUGCUCUGAGAUGGUUUGUCAGGCUAUUUGUGAACACGGGCCCCAGAGUCUUUCUGGGCAACAGUCGUGCGUCUUCUAAAAGUUGCGGAGGUCAAGAAAUCUAUCAGGCCAGCCAACAUUCUUGGUGAAAUCCUCCCAUCUCUCCCGUCACUCUCUGUGGUGUAGAUUUUAUUUUUGUUUUUAACUUGACACUCUUGUGGGACACCCUCAGACGCUGUGUCCAUAUAUAUUGUUAUGUAUCCGCUUGCGUAUUGUGGGCUCCAGCUCAUUACUAGUUUCUGUCCUUGGGUAGACAUGCGUUUUUCAGGCUAGACUGUGUUUUACUCAAAAAGAAGCAAAAGACCAGAUUUGAUGUUUUUGUCAUUUUAAGAUCAAACUUUCUUCCCUGUUUCUCUGGAGUUGUCCUCAGCAAACCUAAGAAAUGACAGCUUGAAUUUUAGAUCAAACUUUUUUCAUUAUCAGCAAAUAGUAGCGGUAGAGUGAAAAAGAUGCCCACUCACCCUCAAACACACACAAAAGAAAGAAACACCAAAUUGCAGCACUGACAACUAGAUUUUCACGAUCUGUGGUAUGUUUUAUGAAAACAUGCAGCUGCACGUGGCCAAUAUAAGAGUCUUGGUAUUUAACUGCAACGGGUGUUUGAUUAAAGUUUUAUGGUACACAUAUCUUAGGAUUUAAAGAUUUGUUUUAUGGUAGCGUGAUUCCAAUAGUGAUUGAAAAGGGAUUUCUCCUUGUAUUAGACCGUGUGGCGUCUCUUUAAUUCUCCCUCAGUUUAUACGGAGUUAAGCCUAGUUGAGAUUUGUGUCUGUCAUCUGUUCUCGAUGAGCUGUCCUGUUUUUGAGAGGAUUGCUUUUUGUUAAUAAUUACAUCGUCUUUAGUUCUGUGAGGAUUGCCUUUUUUCAUACCUCUAGCCCAUCAGGAUGUAACAGGAUUGAUUUUAAUAAAAAUGUUUGUAUGAAUAUUCGGCUUUCUAUCAGCAAAUAAUAAUAAAUAUUUCAUGGUCUGUUUUUACACAGGGCUUGUAAAGUCCUCCAAUCACUUCAAGUGCUUUUGCUCUUCAUGGCACAUUCACUCAUUCAUACACUGAUGACAACUGCUGCUAUAAGUGUCCAUAAGUAUUAAUCCAUAUGAUCUUUUGUGUGCACACACUGCACUCGGGAACAAUACGAAGUCCAGCAUCUUACCUGGUGUGACCUCUGCAUGGGGACUUAAACUACAACUCUGAAGUUAAUUAACUUCACUCAGCACUUUUUAGACACCCUCCUCCCUGCCUCCUCUAGUUCGUCUGUCAUCACACCCGUCCCUGUUCUGCCCUCUGCUCACCUGGAAGUGAAGUUAUGAUGGUGUUUCAGUAAUCAGGGCAGAUCUUGUAUCCUGCUGCUGAUAGAUGGAUGAGUCAGUCGAAUGUCACGAUGCAGGACCCGCUUUACUUAAUGUGUGUGUGAAUAUUUUUUUCUCAUUAAUCUAUUUUUUAUCUUUAGAAAACCCUCAUACUUUCAUUCAGAAUAACUUGAAAAUAUCCUCAAUGGUACCGGAAAAGCGACAGCUGUUAGAACAGGGUCAAUAGUUCAGACUUAAUCUCAUGAAAUUAGCUCUGGAGUAUUUUCUUCAACCUACUUUUGUCUCUUCUGACAUUAAAGUGUGGCAUUGAAUUACAUUUUUAGAGACAGAUAAAUCCAGAGAGGGUGGCAGAGAGUAAACAGGAUUUCUUUUGACGCCACCGACGAGGAAGCCCCGAUGUUCUUAUUAAAGCAAAGCCACCGUGUCAGACAUCUGCUGAUAACCGAAUCCAUCAGACUUAUUCAAACCUCGAAGAUUACACUUCAGUUACUUUAUCACACAUAGACACACAGCAAACUUAUCUGCAGUAGUAUCAUCAGUGCAGGUUCACAUCGUCUGACUCCAAAACACUUUUAUCCUUCAAUAUGAUCCAUUGGCAAUUACACUAAAGCAAGGGAGUCUUCAGCAGAAAGCCAUUUACCAAACCUAGAUCACAGCCUGACACAUGAUCCAUGACAUGACAGGGUGGAGCUGCAUAAUGUGCCCUUAUCUAUAUUUCCUCUAUGCAGGUAUAUCAUUACCAUCACAUGAGUUUACUUUGUGGUUUUGAAAUUGUGGAGAUUUACUUGGCAAAACACAAAAAUAGUAACAAACUCUGGGCUUUCUCUUGACUUGUCAACAAUCUAUAGGAUGUGAUUCUUAUUUUAAAGAAAGAUUGACGAUCUUUGGAGUAAGAAAAGUUAAGAUAAGAAGAACUUCAUUUAUCCCUGAGGGGGAAUUCAAUACAUUACUAAAAGAAAAAGUUCAGUUUCACUGUAACUUAGCAAGCCUGAACUUCAGACCAGCGGGAGUAAGUGUACUUUAGCUGGAGUUGUGUCUAUUUCAUUACAUUGGCUAUUUGAUUUGAGUCAGAGACACAUGUGUGAGUGAGCAAUGUUACACUGAAUUUAAACUUAACACACCAGAGCAUGAUAGCAUGAUAGCAUGAUGAAAGCAUGAUAAACUUGUCAGGCCUUUCUUGUGUUUUCUGCAGGGGAUUCGGGGACCUCCUGGAGAAGCAGGGCCAAAGGGACUACAGGUAACUUAAUCAUAAACUAACCAGUCAUUUAUUUGUGAAUUCAAAUACUUCUUAUUGUUUAAUUUGCUGUUUUGAAAUCUCUUUUCAGGGAGAAACAGGGUCACCCGGGCCUCAAGGACCAUCUGGGACAAAUGGACCAGUCAGUAUCAAACAUUUAAACAACUGCUCUUUUGCCAGAUUUCCAUAUGAUGAUAUGUUGUGUGAAAAUAACAAUUAAGAAAGCUUUCUAAAAGGUAUAUAUUUGAGAAAUCAUCAAUUAAUACUGAUAUUUCUUUUACAUUUAUGUGCCAUCUUACGUUUUAAAAACAAUAGUUAUUUUUUGUGAAUUUUUGAUGACUUCAUAGCUCCUGUGGCUAAAGUAGUUUAAUGUAAUGAGGACAUUUACAGAUUAGGUCUGAUAGAGUAUAAAACAGCAGGUAUUUAACUGGUGUAAAGCCCUUUUACUAGCCUGACCUUUUAAUUUCUACCUGACAGACUUUUGGAUCUGUAGCUCAAAGACUUUCCUAUGUGUCCAACAAAGACACUGAGAUUUUUUUGCAGGUAACAAACAGGAGUUAACAAUCCCUUCUGAUGCAUAAGUUAACUUUGUGGAUGUAGAAAACUUAAUUUGUGGGGAUUUACGCUGUACUGUUAACACACUAAGGUCUCUGGGAGAUCUAAUUAUAUUCAGAUCAUUGAAGAGAGCCUGACUCCCUUACCUGCUGACAAAGUCAAGUUUAAUUCAGUUUCUCAAGAAAACUGCCUAGGCUUGAAGUCAGGGUUUAAAGGGUCUAAAUCAGACACAGAAGGAUCCUAAAUCCAACUUUCUCAUCUUUUAUGGAGUAAUUACCAACAAAUUUCCAAUAAAGGUGAAAAAACACCAGGGAUCACCUGUCUUUUUAGUGUGAAGUAAACAGACACACAAGACGCCAAGUAACUGGGGAGAUUUGAUAUAUUUCACCCUGGGUCCUAUUCUCCCAUGUUUAUGUGUGAUUGGCUGAUGGGGAAGGAACAAUUUCUGCAGUUGGUCCAGUACUGAGAGCGGAAGUGAGCUUAAAUGUAGAUUGACAGGCAUCAUCAAACUGUGUCCACCCUGGACACAUCAACACCAACAGAGUUAGACAUCAACAGGUCCCAGUCAACACAACAAAGAUAUUCCUUCUUUGUGGGCAAACAGCACCCACAGGAACACCAUUAGUCUCCCAAGCUUUGUGGCCUUCCAGCAGCUGGUUCACCCUCCUCUGCCUCUCUCCUUGUUUGCUUGUUAACUUGAAGGUAUGGUUGAUAACAUAUCAAAAGACCUCAUCAGGCAUAUAGUCACCCAUGUUUCUAAACUUUGCUCCUUAACUGUUAUCAAAAAACUUCUGGUCCUCUCUGACUCUCUUGGUGUCACUCACUCACAUGCCUUAUGUUGUCUUCCUGCAACAAGUUAGAUCUUGCAAGAUGCCAGAAUGGCACUUCUCUGCAAACAAGAUCUGGUUGCACACAGACCAGCACAGGUGUUAGGUAGGGAAACCCUUGCCUUCCUGUUCUAGGAACCUGUAACAACAAUCUGAGCCUGAUUGCGGUGCAACAAAGCACUUGUAACAGAUGCAGUUUGAUGAUGUGCAGUUGCCGGACAGACUACAUUCUAACUCAUUUUUUGCCUACUGGCUACUCUGCUCUAUCUCAACACUGGACCAAUUUCAAAAAUUGUCCUUUCCAUCAGUCAAACUCUUGGUAAAAUAGGGUCAAGGCUGAAAAAUAUCAACGUUUUCACAUAUGCUGGUGUCAGCCCUCUUACCCAGCAUUAUCAUUAAAAGGUUAUUAUCAGUAAAAAAAGUUUGUGUCUUAUAGUUUGAGUCCUCACUGCUCAUUAGUCCAAGCUGAGUGAUGAGUCGAGUGGAGUCUGCCAAACAGUUGCAUCCCAACAAGCAGAAAUACUGAUUUAAAUGAAUUUUCUUGCACACUCUCAAGGUUACAGCAUUUUUCUAAUUGUUCCCUCUGUCACAAGGUGUCUGUUUCAGCUGUUUUUGUGUUUCUCUGUGAGGGAUUCAUUCUUGCAAUCUCUCCUUGAAAAGAAUUCCACACACAGCACCGCUCACAUUACCGUCUCUGCAGUCGGCUCAUAAUGAGAUCAUUAAUUUUGCCCAGACGCCGUAUGAGACCGUUUGGUUUAUUUAGCAAUGCCAUUAAGGUGCUGAGUGGCUGUUAAUUUAGAAUGAAAGUCAGAUGAGUGUGUGUGCUGGGUUAGAGCUGCACACACAGAAAGGGCACCCCCAUCUGGUAAACAAGAUUACACUCGACCAGAUGCAAUUAAAGAAGACAUUUGUGAGGACACAGGCCUCUAUGGUGAUCAUAGGGGGGCGGAUGUUUAUGUCUCUGCUGCCCUCUUGUGGAAGAAUAGACACAGUAGAGCUCCAUGGUUAGAGGAGAAUGAUGCUUAAAAAUACAUUUAGGCAUUAUAUUUAAUUUGCAUCAUGAAAAGCUGUUAAGAUUAAGUGGUGGAUGGACAUGAAUUAGCAUACCAAAUGGAAAAUAAGCGAAUAAUCUUAAUUAAAUAUUGUAAUGAACUUUUGGAUGGAAAGCAAUUAUGAAAUAGAGUCAAAUCAGUUUGAAGAGUGCCUCAUAUUUUCUGUCUUGUUUAAAGCAGCUGAAUUUAGAAGUAGCCCACUGCAGAGAUCUGAGAGCACAGAGGUCACCUUUCUGAAACCACAAGCUCCAUCUUCAUCCCCCUCUUUCUAUUCCUGAGCACUGCUAUGACGUCCUGCCUGCAGUGGAUCUCUGACUUCUCCAACACACAUACACAGAGUCAGGAGGGGGAGUAGGAGGAAGGAUGGGGAGGAAGGAGCUGACGGCUUCUGUGUCUAGGCAACUGCAUACAAUAUUGUGAUAAUAAAUUUAGAGAGAAGUCAAACUAAUUGUCAGUUGACCCGGCCAACACCAAUCAAAUUUGGCAUUUCAGAUGUGCACACUCUUAGUCUGGCUCUUUAUAAAUCAAUAAACGGACGCUUUUAUGUUCCUUAUUCCUUGAAACGGCGUAUUUUAUUUGAAUUCAUCAUCAAGUCAUUGUGUUUCGGUUUGCUUUCACACUCACUCUCUGUUUCGUUUAUGACUCAGUGCUAAAGCCGCAGGAAAAUGGCUCAAAAUGUUGGGGUGCAAAUGUCACCAUGAGUCAUUUAAAAUGAGUUUUGACUCAUUUUGCUUUUGAAUUGUGAAAUGUAUUGAAACUAUAUUAAAAGGGAAAAAGCUCUCACCCAGUGAAUCUAUUCUUCCUCCUAAAAUGUGCUUGACAUUCAAACAUUAGUGGAGUCAGGCGUGAAUACCUCUCUGUAAUAACUUUCCCAUGCACACAAAACUUCCUGUCGUUUUUAGAUCUAUAUCAUAAAUGUGGUGUGAUCAAACACCUGAAAAAGGAAAGAUGUGGUCGUAACGGUAAAUGGGAGCUAAGUCGGGGAGCUGCACUUGCUUCACACUUGACUAGUGUCACUCCUAAAAUCAGGUGGUCUAAACUGCAGGAUUUCUAGUCAUUGCUCUGCUAUUGCUACCCCUGUGCUGAACUCAGACCUUCAGCUCCACAAUGGCCCAACAGCCCCAUAACCAGGGGUAGGGCUGGGUGAUAUGGGAAAGAGUUUAUCAAGAUACAUUUUUUUUCUUAUCAGUUGGUAUUGAUAUAUAUCAGGACAUAAAAAAAUCAUAUUUAACAGUGCUUAUUGGUUGUGUGUCUUUUGCAAUAAGCUACAGCAUCUGCGAGGUCUUUGUGUCUCUUCAACGUUUUGUCAUCAGGCGUUGCGCCAUAGAAAGCGGACUGAAUGGUCGGCUGUUUUGGCUGCACAGGCGCCAUGGGUUCCUUGCUAACCUUUGCAUUGUGUGUGCUCUGCCUUGUGACACUGCUUCAGGUGGUGAAAAAGAUUUGAGGUGUUCCCCAACUUUGCAGGAACAUGAGCUCGACAUAAUUUGCAGUAAACACUACCCUGCUUCAUGUCCGACCUCAAAAAAACAAAAUACCUCCACACCACCGACGUUUUCGUGCCAGUGUUGUCGAUGAUGUCGUCAUCUGUUGAGCCUUCAUCUGCAUUUCUACCGGGGGUAGCACUUCUUUUCUUUUAUUUGUCACAAACAGUGCUGUAGGCUUCACGUGUUAAAGUGCUAUGGUUGCGUGUAGCUGCAGUCUGCUACUAUGCAGUUGUUUGCUACUUGGUUCUAAUUCAGCACAUGAUUGAUUCAGUGUGAAGCAGACCCGGAGCAACUCCCCCUUUCAUUGGCUAUUCCUAUAGUCAACCAAAAUAUGGCAGAAUGCCGACUUUUGAAAAGCAUAUUGACCAUGUUUUAUAUUAAGGGAAAUCAAUUUUCGAUAUAUAUCAUUACCAUUUUAUCUCCAAGCCCUAACCAGAGGGUUUAAAGCCAGCCAGCUACCAGAUCUAGCAGCAUCACCAAGAGCCUGAACCAGCCCUGACUAUAAGCUUUAUCCAAAAGGAGGAUGUACAGCAUGUCAGCUGGAUGUCUGAAUGUCUGUUCUGGUUAGUAGAGAGAAAAAACACGAGUGAAGCCUUUUCUGAGGAGACAAUACAGCUGCAGCUUAUACACCUGGACUCAGAGCUGGAUUUUAAAACCACAAUAAGACCUAAUCACCCACAGACUAUAUCAAGGAUUCAGUAAUUUAUAUCCCAGCGGGACCUGGACUAAAAAGGCCCCGGCAUUUCCCUCUAAUCAGCUUGAUAACUAACAUUUCUGUAAGAGCUGCAGCUGAUUUUAAACCCUGCUGUCAAAAACCUUCACUCAGACCAAGAAAACAGAUCACAUCAGUCCAGCUCUUAGGUCCUCUCACUGGCCCCCUGUCUGUCAGGAAACAGAUUUGGAAAUACUGCAGCUGAAUCGUGAGGUACUGUAUGGUUUAGGUCCAAAAUACAGGAUCUUCUCAUAGAGUAUGAAUUAUCCAAACCGCUCAAGUCCUCUGGGGACGGGUCUGCUGUCAGAGUCGGAACCAAAUGCAGAGAAGCAGUGUUUAGUUUGUGUGCUUCAGAUACCUGCAAAAUCCAAGAUAGUAUAAAGUCUGCUGAAACUAGCUGCUUUUAUUUUGAAAGUCUAGUAUUUUAACUCUCUGCUGUCUUUGUUUCAUAUUCUAACGGUUUCUAUGAAUGACUUUUAAAUGUCUCCUUUGGUGAGUUUUCACAGAUUUUUGUCAUGUUCCUUUUGAUGUAGUGCACUUGAAAUGACCCUGUUGCUGAGUUGUGCUACAUAAUUUAACUUGCCUUGCCUUCACUAUCCCAGGCCAUGGUACCACCACUUUCUCUUAUUUUGCUCACAUGUCCCAUAUUACAGUAUGACAGAGACUAACCUCUGUUGAAUCAGAUUAUAGCCUCACCUUGAAGAGCAACAUGUAUAAUAAUGCAUAGCAACUAAUUCAGGCCUUGAAAUGCUUCAUAUUAGAUAAGGAAUCUGUAUAGCUUGUCUUGAGACAGUGUUUUCGAAUGAUUGAUGAAGCUAACAUUAGCUCAGGUCUCUAAAGUGUCACUGAUGGCACUUGCUCAAAAUCAGAAAGCUAUUGCUCAAUAAUUAAGUGUUUUGAUGUGAUUGUGCAUGACUUAACGUGAUCAUUUGUGUGUGUGUGUGUGUGUGUGUGUGUGUGUGUGUGUGUGUGCAUGCGUGCGUGCAUGCGUGUGUGUGUGUGUGUGUGUGUGGAACUGAGCCAUCUCAUUUCUCCCUCUGUAACUCCUGACUAAGCCGUCACGCACUCUGUCACAUUCAGCUCAAAGCUCUGUGUCUGUCUCUUUCAUUUCAUCUUCUCUCUCUUUCUACCCCGUCAUCCCCACCCUCUCUCGUCCCCUCCCCUCUCCUUCAAUAUCUCUCUCUCCAUCCAGGGAAUCCAGGGGCCCCGGGGGCCACCCGGAGAGAUCGGCCGAGCUGGUCCCAAGGUCUGUGCGUUGAACGUUAUAAUUAGUUAUUAUGCUAAUGGCCUGCUGCUCCCCAGCCGCUCGGCUAUUCUCAGCCUGUUUUAAUGUUGUACCCUCCCUCCCUGUUCUCUUGAUGUUCCCGUAGAGAAAAAAGCAUUUUGCUCGAGAGGGAGUCGACUUGUUUGCAAUCAAAUUAUAGGUGUUUCUGAAUAUGUGACGAACGCCACACUGCUGAGGACCGUUCUCCUUCAACAAACAAGUUUUACUUUUACUCUCUUUGACACUUUUAGACAUGCAAAUUAUGGCUCUACAGUAUUUCUUUAUGUUGGAGCUUGUUGUAGAAAGAACAAAAUGUUUGGAAACUGCACUUGAGCAAAGUUUUUUUGAUUACAGAGGAUUAUAAGAGGCUUAGUCAUAAGAUAGUUGUGGAAAUCAAAGCACCAACUACCGAGCUAAACUGACUUUUAACCUCAAAAGGCUGCAAAAAUGACAAAUUAGCUGAGUUUUGUCUGAUGGAUUGGCCUUUUUCUUGUUAAGACGAGAGCAAGGUGCAUGUUCAUGCUCCCCCUGUCCUUGAAAUGCACAUUCCUCAUCCCUUUGGACUUUGUAUACUCAGCGCAGCACAGGCAGCACAAAGAUUAUGGGGGGAGAUGAGAGUGAAAGAUGGGAGCUUCAUGCAUAUGAGGGUGAAAAUUGGCUCUUUGACAUUGUGCCGGGAAUGUGAAGAGGAGCGGGCUAGUUUUUCAAAGGCUGGGAUGAUUUAGUGAUUCCAUCAGUCACUCGACACAAACAGAAAGAAAACAUACCCCUCACUCAAAUAAGCACCUCUAAUUAUAAACACCCCAGCCAGUGAAUUCAUUUAGAUAAACACCUACGUUUACACCUGAAUGGAAAGUCGCCUCUCAGCUGAUUAAACUUGCUGCAGUCUGAGGUUGUGUGUUUGAUAGGCGGCAGAUGACAACAACACUAUUACACACAAAAAUGUGCGGUUGUUGUCGCAAUUGAAUUGUGCGUAACUGACAUCUGCUGCAAAAUAACUACACACACAUAUUACAAGGCUAAACAACAACAAGUCAGACCUUUACAGGAGCAUCUUGUACAAAUUAGAAAUGAAACAGCCGGAUAUUUACGUGACUGUCAGUAUGACUGAGUAUUUCAGUUGGGGCUGUUGUAAUAAACUAGUGUUGAUGCUAAAGUCUUUGAGUUCAUGCUAGUGGUUCUUAAAGGGAUAUUCUGGCAUAAAUUUAAGUUGUGGUCAAACACACAGUAACACCGAGUUAGAACUACCGAACUAAACACAACUCACCCACUCUCCUCCAGCAGCCACUUGUUUGUAGGGGAGCCCUGACGAGUCGAUUACCGAGUGCAGCAGAACAUUUAUGAUUAUGACUUUAUGGAAAUGCAACCAGACCCAGACGCUAAAGCAGAAGAACUACCGCGUCUGCAGUUCACAUACAAGAUACACAAGAACUCUGAAUGCAAAUCCAUGAAGUAAUGAUCAUAAAUGUUCUUCCUUGAGCUGCAAAACCCCACUGCACUCGGUGAUCGACUCGUCAGGGCUCCCCCACAAACAGGUGGCUGCAGGAGGAGAGCGGGAGAGUUGUGUUUAGUCUCUUUGCUAAAGAAAUCAGGCAAAGUUAAAAAGAUGUUUGUUAGCUAGUACUAUGGCUGCGGCCCUAUAUGUACUGUUGAUGAAGUUAGGUGCUGUUCUGAGCAUUAUUUGCUGCUGUAGAGUGGCAUUUUGGUCGAGGUUUGCCCGUGGAAACGUAAACCGCUGUGUAUGGCUAUCAUGGGGUUGUUACUUAAGUUGGUAUAACUAGAGAAGCAAGCAGUCUGCAACAUUAAUCUCUCGAGGGGGUGUCUAACUCGGUGUUAUGGUGAGUUUGACCAUAACUUAAACUUAUGCUGGAAUAUCCCUUUAAUGCAACCAGCAUUAAAGGGAUAAUGUGUCAUAAAAUGAAAAACAGACAAAAAGAAGCAGCAGCUGCUUGCAAACUAGUUGUAGCAGCUCCCUGAGGGAUGGUUCAACACUUAUUUAAACUGAUAGUAAAGACAUUUUUUUGAACAGCCUCAGAGUUUGGGUGACUAAUCAGUUAUUUUUGCUAUUUAUACCGUCUAGACAUUUCUCUUUUUUUCAGUUCUGUAACUUGCAAUAUUUCAGAAGUAGAAGCAGAGUUGGAUUUAGAAAUAAAAAACUUUAAAAAUGGACAGAAAAAAAUAUCAAAAUUAAAAAGCCAAUUUGAGGACUGUGCUUUUCGGUUAUUAUCAGUAAAGUCAGUGGCAAACAGAGAUCCAUUUAUAUAAUUUUGUGUUUUCCGUUUUAAAAUUCUACCCCACAGAAGGUUCUGAAUACAAAUAUAUGUAUUUAAAAAAUGGCUUUUGAAUGCUCAAAACUCAGAUUAUUCGUAGGCUUUCUUUUGUAACCUCUGAUGUAGACUUUGUGUGUAUGUGGUCUCCCUGAAUCUCAGUCAUCUCCAGCCUUGCGGUGUAGUCUUCCUGUCAGAAAAUCUGCUUUUCUUCUAAAUUCCUUGAGCCAUUCUCCUGAUACACCACUCCCUACCUUACCUUGUGUGGCUGGCCCGGCUGUUUAACAGGGAAGAGAGCAGUAAUGGGACUGGCUGAGAGGAUAAUGAUUAAUCACCACAUGCUGUGAUUUAUAUUCCACUUCAGCCAGCCUCUUUUUGCAUGCUGUGCUGCACCUACAUGAAUGCAAAACAGCAGUUACUCUGAAAUGCCCUCUUUGACCUGUGCGCUGGUCUUAGUGACGGAUGAAAUAAAGCCCUGAGAUUUAUGUUAAGGAUUAGUUUAGGAAUGCAUGCAAUCAGUAAAGCCUCUGCUGAGACAUUAUGAGACUAAUAUGGAGUGUGUUAUUUCUCAGGGGAAGUGUGGAGAUCCAGGGGUUUCUGGUCCUUUUGGUCCACCGGGUCAGAAGGUGAGUGUAGCGCCGGAUUAUCAACCACAAUGUUUUCUUUUACCUCUGUCCUCUUUGAUUUCCUGCGGUGUCUCCCUCUGUCUGCCUUUAAUUCUGCUCAUUUCCGGCAGUGCCUUCUUGCGUAAUUUAUUCCUGUUGGAUAAUUACAAGCACUUAGAUUAAAUCAAGAGUUGCUAGGCUAUUCUCUCUCAAGUGAAAGUGCUGUCACACAUGCAGGGGUGUCUUACAGACCCACGCUAAUGAAAAUUAUGUUUUUCUUGUUGUCUAUAUGUUCAUAAUAUAUUCACCACCAAAGUGUGACUGUGUGAGCGAAUGAAUGAUGUAUCCAAUGUAAAGCGCUUUGAGGGUCUCUGAUAAAGCGCUAUAUGAAAUCUGAUGCAUUAUUAUUAAGUGCAAAAUUGCAUUUCUGAUUAUUUCUGUAUUUAAAACGCUGUGAACCUCUUGCAGACUCAAAUGGCAGGUUCAGACAUAAUGAGAUUUUUUUACAUCACAAACCUAAGCUCCGCCCCUGGCACCCCACUCUGCAGGCCAGACCCGGAGAAGUAGAGAGGACGAUGGCGGAACAAGCGUGUGCGUUAGCGGAUUGCAAUGCUCGUAAGAAAGCUAAUUAUGAUAUUAGCUUUCAUCAUGUCCGAGAGGUGAAUAGCUCGUCACCUAGCCACUUCUGCCACACUGGCAAUGUUAGGCCGCAAGCUAGCAUGAAGAGGAGUGUGAAGAGUAGUGCUGUCUCCGCCCACGACUCAGAGGUGAAUUGCUAAUAAGCUACUGGAGCUCUGCAGAAGAAAAGGCUUUCAAAGUUUUUUGACAGUUAAUGUGAUUUUGGCUAAAAACUUCAUAGUCCAAAAAAAAAGAUCGGAGUGGGACUCUAAGUGGUUUGAAGUCAUCUUUACAUCUUUAUAAACGUCUUUUCUUUGAAGCCUUCCUUUAUUCCAUUGUCUAUGAACUAUGAGUAUUUUCCUCAUGUUAAGUCUGCAGUUAUUCUCACUUACAGAGGAAGUGCAUAAAGAGGUCUCUCUAACACUUCACACCUGGACAGUGGGACAGCUCUGAGCCCUCACAAACUCAAGUCAGUGAGUGUGUAUAUGUGGGCAUCCAGGGCCUUUGGUCUUUUUACACACCCAGAGUGGUUUAACAGCACAUUUUGAUUAGAUGUGGUAUGAAUUGUGACCUUACCUGAAUCAAGUUGUGUCUUUUUCUGUAGCAGUCCUCAUUUUGGUUGCCAUUACAGCCCGACUGAGUCAGUCAUCCAGGCCCCAAAGUAUGUCAAAUGUGGCCCUUGUUUAAACAUGUGUACCAGGAGUGCAGGUCAGCUUUGUGCUUUAAGUGCACACCCCAGAGGCUUUAGUCAUCAUCACAGCGAUCACUGGUUCAACUAAUGUCCACGGCUCUUUGCUGUUGGCCCUCCCACAAACCCUGCUACCCUUAUUUCCUUCCUCUCUGUGGCUUUCCUUAUUUACAAAGGCUAAAAACUCAAAAAAGAACUUAAAAAUAGAGAAAAUAGACCUAGAUCAGAAAGUGCAGACCCCUACCUUUUUUCUUUUUGCCGUUCAGUUCAAGCAUUUGUAUGACUCAUCCUGCAUGGCCUCCACUAGCCUUCAACCACUAUGAGCACGGACACUAUCUGUAUCUUUAUUGCUCAGUCCCAGUAAUUCUGUUCCAAUGGCCGCACUACAGCAGGACUUUAAAAUUCAACAUGGUGGGCAGGUUAGUGAGGGCAUUUCUAAUCCCCCUGGAGGCACCAGGAUCAGAUCAGGGUGACCGCUCUCCUCUUUUCUCUUCUCUAAACCAACCUCAUUCUCCGUCUGUUUCCUCUCAUCCUCUCAGACACUCUCAGCAGCCUGCAGUUUGGAUCCUGCUGAUGACUGACAGCCACACUUAAAAUGCCACUUGUUUGAUAAGUGACAUUUUUCUGAGCAAUUACUCCCAUAAAUGUCAACCAUUGUUGUUUUUCUAAAAGGGAAUCUGACUUAUCACUCUUUACUUAAUUGCACAAGCUUUGUUUUAUUGAUUUAUUUAACUUUUUUGAGGUGCUGUUCAUCGCAGUGGAAAUGACUACCUUUUAGAAAGUGAUGUAUUUAUGAGUAUGGGAGAGCCUGAGAAGCUACAGCUCAAACAUCUCUAUAUGUCCUAUCUAACCGGCCUUGAUUCACGGUGGAGAGAGUUUCUUUUACUCCAGCAACAUUCAAAGUUCUGUCUGACAAACUCAAAAACACCUGCGGCCCACCAGAACUUUGACUGACCAUCUUGGACUGUUAUCAUGCGUUAGCAGCUAGCCAACAGUCAUACCUCUUGAUCCUCUAAGACUGAAUGCAUUCAAUGCUCAAGUCCAUGUCCAAGCUAAAGUCACCAGGACUUUCCUAAAAAACCAGGACUCCAGAGCCACUACAGUGUUUGGAUUCAAAAAAGUCACAUGGACUGUAACCUAACUACAUUGUGUGACUUCUACUUUUUAAGCUAUAUUUUGGGGUGUUUUUGCGAGAGAAUCUGAUUGCAGCUGAGGAAGUUGGACCUCCACUUAAGGUCCCACUCUGGUCAUUUUUUUUUUACAACUUAAAGUGUUCUCAGUCAUCUUUAAAUUGUGAUUAUUAAGUUUUUAUUCAAAAUCACAUUACCUGUGUCAUUUUCGAGGACUUUUCUUCUGCAGAGCUCCAGUAGCUCAUUAAUAAUUCACCUCUGAGUCGUGGGCGGAGACAGCAUUGCUCUGCACACUCUCCCUCACUUUAGCUUGUAGCCUAACACUGCUGAUGUACUAGAAGUAGCAGGUAACAUAGUAGCUAUUUAGCUCUUGGACACUAAUGUCUUUGGGGACCUGAUGAAAGCUAAUAUCCUAAUUAACUUUCUUACUAGCACUGCAAUCCGCUAAAGCACACACUUGUCCCACAAUUGUCGCACGAUUGUCCUUUCUACUUCUCCGAGUCUGGCCUAUAUAACGGGCUCCGGGGGUGGAGCUUGGAUUUGCCACAUAGGAAAUCUCAUUGAAUCUGAACCUGAACCUGUUUGCCAGAGAUUCACAGCGAUUUGAAUGCAGAAAUACUCAGAAAUGCAGUUUUGCUCUUAUUUUUCUCAUUAUAUGUCCUGUACCAUCAGAAAAAUGCCAUAUGAACAUGUAGACAACUAGAAAAACAGGAUGUUCAUUGGAGUAGGUCUUUACUGCUGUUGUUUUGAAAUGAGGCAAUAUCAACUGUGAAAUUUGUAGUUUGUCGUGUUUUCUUCACGAUCUUAGAAGUUUCAAUAAACGUUGAGAGUUUGUAAAACAGCUCAGCAUGAGUGCAGUUAGCCCUUCACUGGCUCAUGUAUGACAUCUAUGAGCUCACCAACUUUAAAUAAGUUUUUAAGUGCUGUUGAGGUAAACUCACUUUAAUAUUGGAAACAGCAAAGUUUAGACUCAGCCUGGACUUUUGAAUCGCAUAGCUCCAGUUAGACCUCUGUGGGCAGGUUUUCCUUCACUUUUACUUUUAAUAUUUAACAUGAAAAUGUUGUUUGUCAUGUUUGUGAAAAGGACCAUACAAAGACAAACCUUUACUGGUAAGAUUGCUCAAGUCUUUUCAACAGCUGAGAUCCAAGAAUAGGUCCAACUUUCAGCUGAGCAUGCGCUCAGGGAGGUCUAAUUGGAAGAGGGUAUUUGGCAAUUUAUAGGCAGAAACCAUUCAGUAGGACCUUGACUUACAAGCAGGUGAUGAUAUCAUAGCUUUGUUAAAGCAGUUUCAAAAAUUACUUAUACUACAUUUACCAACAAGCUCGUCUGCCUAUAGUGGUCUCUGCUGCUUUCAUUUUCUGUCCUCUCUGAGCUUUUGUGUUUUCUUUAUGAGGCCCUACGUUCGGAUGAGUUUUGAUAAGCUGGCUGUUAAAAUUACACAUUCACUGUAAAAGCUAUAAUCCAUUGUUGGGUAUGAGAUGUAAUGCUGAAAUGUUUCUGAUGGAUGGUCUUCACAAAAAUAUGGCGUCAAUACACUUACAUUUGACUGUCAGUUAUAUAAGCCGGCAGGAAACUGAUUGUACUUGAUUCCAUUCAUGGGUCAACCACAGACCUCUGUCUCGGCUCCCUCCGGGCUUUGGGAUGGGGUCACUUUACCCUCUAUUUCCCCUGAUGGCAGGGCUAAACUGCAUAUGAGCCAGCUGAAAUGUCAUCCAUUGAUUUCCAAGUGUCAAUAAUCUCUCAACUCCUCAGGGCUCAAUAGGGGAGCCAGGUUUCCCGGGGAUACCGGGUGCUGCCGGACUGCCAGGGUUCAAAGGUCACAAGGUGUGAGCUGAUGCAUUCAAAAACAUACAUGUAUAAAUGUAAAGAUAUUCAUGAUUUUAUUUGGUCUUUAUGAAACCAUCAAUGGCUGCAGAGGCAGCACUUCUUGAAUGAUUCAUAACCUUGGUUGUCAGGAGUUUGUACAUUUACAUGUCAUGCUGUGGAAGUGUUGACAGCUUAACAUAAUACACACCCUUGUUAAUGUAUUAUUCAUAUGUUUCUAAGAUGACAUGAUACAUUUUAAUGGGGCUGAAGGUUGUCCUUCACACUUCAAAAGCAGUAAAUACACUAUAAGCCAUCACCAUGCAGAUCAGUCUGGUUAACAUGCUGUAUUUUCUUUUUAUGAACAGGAUGCUGACAACAUGACAUUAAUGCUUUAGGUUAUAAUUCAUCAAGCAGCCUCUUGUAAGACUGUCGGUGUCAGAAGAAGAAUCAGAGAGGACUGGGAGUUGGACAUGUUGUGAUGUUUUGUUGUCUGUAUUAUCUGCAGGGGGAGAGAGGAGAGCCAGGCCUCAAAGGUCACCAGGUACUGUGCUGUUUAUUCACCUCUCUCCAUUAACAGUAACAUGCACCAGGUCAUGAGUUCAUAAAUAUGCAAUGAGGAUUCAGUCACAUAAUUUGACUUUGAUUACAAAUCAACAGAGCACAGGUGGAGGUCCAGUGGGUUCAUACUUUUAACUUGUCAAAUAAGAUCCAUCUGCUGGGUCAGUGGGCCUGAUGCCCCAAAAUAACACAAUGUAGGCACCGCAUUUCUUCUGGUAGAAGUCAGUAUGAGGUGGUAUGAGGAGCACAAAAGUGCACUCAGAGUAAGAUCUGAAUGGGUUGAAUCAACAGCCCUUUGAGCUUCAAUUCAUGGUAACAGAGAAGAGAUAGUUAUGUAUAUAAGAAUCCUGUUAGUGUAACUAACUGUUAAUUUAAAAGCAGAUUUAAUCUAAUUAAAUCAACAGUUAGCAGCAAUACUAUGACCUGUGCUGCAGCCAGUCAGCAGGGGGAGCUCUAACUCCUUUGGCUGCACAGUUUGUUAACAUCACUUUAUUUGAGAGCCUGAAGGAAGUAAACUUACACAAUACAAUUGAAACAAGAGUGAAAAACACUGAAAUGCCACUUUAUGUCGUCUUUUGCAUCCAAAAAUGCAUAUGUCUACGACCUAUUUUAAAACAGGGACACUGCUUUUACUGUAACCAAUAUCAAAGAGUUACUGAGUGAGAAUUUAGCCAAACUAUAUGCAAUGGGAGACAUCACUGCAGGUCAAAACUGCAGCAGAGUUUUGAAAUUCUAACUGCUAAAGUUGAAAAAAUUUCCUCUGAUUUCAUUCUUGUUGUCUACAUCAUCAGAGUAACACUGUGGGUAUCCUUGAGAUCUGAAAAAAGGUGCUAAAGGCAUUUCUUCGAUCAUAAAUCAUUUGAAAAGCCAACUUUUUUUUUGUUUACACCAAACAGAAGUCUUCUUCUACCCCUGUUGUUUGCUGGCUCAUUGCUCUCAGUGCAUAUAACUGUCAGCAGGAUUGUGUACCUCAUUUCCCAUGAGCUUGUGAACACGAGUGUGCAUCUUCUUGUGUUGUCAUGAGACCCAAACAAAACAGGGACUCAGCAGGAAGCCGAGGUUUUUCUCAUGUACAUUUUUACAAAAUAACCUGAUGAGGUCUGUGAAAGGAUUAGCUCUCCGUUCACGGCAUAAAAAUAUCCUGUAUCAGUAUACCUCAAGACAUAAUACAGCAUUGUAAAUAAAAUAUAUAUAUAUAUUUUCAGUGCUUUUACAGCAUUUUUGACCUUUGUGUUUACACUGCAUUGUUCUCUGACUGGAAUUCAAAAGUAAGACAUUCCUGGCUGUGAGAAGGGAAAGUGCAAGGUGACCCAGGAUGCAAACUACACGGCCAUGAUCCAUAACGCAACAAUCAAUAUAUUGCAAGGCAUUUAAUAAUAUACUGUGAUAUCUGAUUGCCUAGCUGUGUACAGAGGCUUUAGUCAGUGUCACAGGGGUUGAAAAAAGUACUUAAGGGUCAUUGAGAAGCCUAACGAGGCUGUAACUUUUUAUGUUCAAACUUAUAAGUGUGGCGUUGUGAUUCAGGCACAACAGGAAAGUCACACUAAACCCUCAGUACAUCAGCUUAUCCUACCACCAGCCCAUAUCAGCCAACAGUUCAGCUGUUAACCUCACCUUAAUACACUCUUUUCUAACUGCUACAGCUUGUCUUCUCUUGCUGCUUCCUCUGCAACUGCUUUGCAACCCACCUCCUCUUCAUCUCCUCCUUUUACGCUGUGUCUGAUCUUACCAUGGUCGUAUGUCUUGUCAUAAAUGUCCUCUCUGUUGGUGGUCUUUGCUGCUGCUCUCCCUGCCUUGACUUUUCAUGUAUGCAUGUGAAACAGGGGGAGGUGUGCUCUCUUCCCUGCUGCAGGCUUGAUGAAUGAGUGAUGCAGUGAGUCAAAUCUGUUUAUAAUACAACACCUUUUCUCUAAAAAUACUUAAGCAUAGGGGUUAUAGAUAAUUGUAUCCGACGGGACCAGACAACCUUAGAGUGACAUAUUUAUAUUUUGUCAGAGGAGGUGGUUAAUUUCUAUGCAUUUUAAGAAUUCAGUCCAUGUCUGUCAUGUUUCAUCUUCAUUCCCAAAAUUCAGAUCCUCCUCUGAUCCUGAAAUUUACUGUAGCUUUACCAAUAUUUUGAACUAAUAUUGAAAGUUUAAGCUUCAAACAAACAUAAAAAAGUUUGUUUUUCCCCCGUAUUGCCUCAUCCUGAUACUGUUCUGUGUACAUCAGAGUGAGGGGUGAAGUCAGAGCUCUCAAAAAGCCGAGCUGCUUAAACACAUGCGUAUCACUGCUUUGACCCUGGUGACUGUUAAGCAUGAGUUCAGCAAAAAUCUGUGUUGUUGUAUUUCUGUGAUUUACAUCAGCCUUUGAGUUCAUGAGAACUGUUAAAGUCUGCUCGAGUAAGUGUAAAAGAAGCCGGUCUUAACUUAUGCAAACAUGUAUCAAACAGUAUACACAUGAAACUUUGUGCAGUUCGUGCUGCAGGUUAUUCAAGUUUGUGUCUUUUCCGCCGGUAAUCAUAGAGCUGCAGCUUUACCCAGCAUGCACAAAUCAACACCUCAGCACUGUGGCAAUAAAAAGUCAUCCCGGUGUGCCUCAACCGUCGCAAACGCAGCAUCAGUCAGAGAGUGAACAAUCAAAGCAUGUGAUGAAUGCUCUGAUUCAGCUGCUUGCUUUUACACGCACUAAUGGAAGACAGUGUGACGGCCCAGAGGAGCACAGAGAGAGAGAGUAGAGCAGUGUGUGUGUGUGUGUGUGUGUGUGUGUAGUGCUGCAGGAUUCAGUUGAGAAGACACACACCAGAUAAAAAGUCAGGUUUGUUAAAGGUCACCACGAGCCAAUUCCUAUCCUCUCCCUCCACGGGUUUCUCUUAUUGGCUGCUAGUGGUAAUCAUGACCUUUUCUCCACUUACACACACACAAAAUGAAGACUUGGCACACAGGAAUACACACACACCUAGUUUUGGCACACAUUCAAUCUCACCCCCUCACACACACACAAACACACUCAAACAUACACACCACACAAAGCCACACAGGCAUGUAUGUAAACAAACUCACACAAACCGUCUGUUAAUCAUGAUGUAUCUGUUUACAGGGCGAGUCUGGCAGAGACGGAGAACCAGGGAGUCCCGGUGUUCCUGUAAGUGUAGUGUCAUUUUUCUUACACUGGGUGGCAGCGAAGCUUUGAUAUUUUUCAGGUUCAGCAGGAAUGAUAAAAUAAAACUCAGUUUGUGUGAAUGUGUGGCAGUAAGAGGACACAAUGUCCCCACAAGGGCAUGAGGAUGUAGGAAAAUCCUGGCUGGUUUUCACUCACAAAAAGCUGAACUUGCUGUCGUGUCGUGAAUUUACCUUUUCAGAAAGUCUGUUAGAAGUUGUCAUAAAAACUUUAUCACAAAUACAUAUGAUGGUUAUAAACUCCUCUAAUCUGGCAGAAAUUAACUGACUUUACAAACAGCUUUGUAAGAUUAAAAUCAGACAGCAUUUAAAAUCACAAGAAGCGAAAGUAUAAACAGAAAAUGCAACCAACGGAGCGGGAGAAAACAAAAGAUGGAUUAAGAAGAGACAAAAUGAGGAUGAGAGGAUAAAACAUUUAGGAAGCUCCUCACAGUAAAAUAAAUCAUAGAGGAAAAUGAGAAGCAGCAAAGUUAACUUUUAGCAGACUCGCUAAAAAGGGUGAGUCACUUUGAACUGGUUCCAUAGACUUUUAUCAUAAAAACACAGUUCAGACAAGAGCACUGCAGAUAGGAAGAAGGGGGACUGAAUGUUAAGAUCCUAUCGUUUCAAACAGCAAAAUGUCACUUCAGAGGAAAUUAGCCUCAAAGUAUCACCACCAGCAGGGGAUUUACACCGAGCUCAUAGGAAAGACAUGGUUAUCAGAUGUUAGUACCUGGUCACGGAAGCUGAGGCAAGAGACAACUGGAGUCAUUUUCCAUCAUUUGGAGGACAGUUUCUCCUCUCUGAUUGGCUCUUUUCAACACCCUGAUAUCUUUGGCCGUUGACUGUUUAUUAAUGAAAACAACUUGGCUCCGUUUCCUCCCACAAUAACACCUCUGUGGGUGCUGAAACGGGUGGAGCUAUCGGUACAAUUACACGCUGUUCAACAAAUUAAACUAUGACUGUAGUUGAAUUUAAAGUACAUGUUGACGUGCUGAAUUUGACACUGACAUCAUUGCACCCCUGUCUCUAACCCCCCAAAAAGGGUUCAUUUUAAGUCCUCUUCUAUCCUCUUGUUCUUAAGGAGAAUCUGACUGCUCUUAAACUCAGCAGAUGCACGUGAAUGUGCAAUGAGAAAACUACAAUCUAUCUGCACUCCUCUGGUGUUGUUUCAGGCAGACAUAUAAAUGAAGCAAACUCAGAGAUAAGUGUGACAUGAACAGGUUUGUGCAGCUAAUGAGGCAGAACGUCUGCUCAGGAUGAGACGUCUGAGGAUCUGAGUGAACAUCUGCAGCCGUAUGUUUGCGAGCCUAUCAGUAAAUGUGGACCUCAUAUGACUGCUGCACUGAUCUUAAUCCCUUAUUCACUGUGUUAACACAGUGAGUUUUUAUUCAGUUUAAACUUGUUUCCUCUAAUAUGAAUAUCAUCAGUCUGUAUGAGACUGUGGGUAAAAAUGCUGCACUACUAUGAAUACUUACUCACUUAUUUAACCCUUAAAAGAUCCUUGAGACAUUUUGUGCCGGUUCGUUUUUUAUUUUCAUGCCAUUAUUGCUGAAGAGCAUUCAAUUUUGGGAAACCAUAGAUUAGCCUAAAAUGGCUAAGUCACAGAAAAAACAACACAUUUGAUCAUUGUGACAAAAAAUGUCCCAAUAAAAAACAUUGAAAAUACCAUUUUUGAUCCCUCAUUUAUCAUAACAUAAAAAACUAAUGCAUUCUCUUAUGUUAAGAUUCUAUUUUGGACUACUGCCUUUAUAUUUUUAAUUUUUAUAAAACAAACAGUGGAGUUAUGUUAACACACUGUCAUACAAAGGGUUAAAAAAAUCAAAAAUAUAAUAAAUAUUUGAUAUGUUUCAUUCAGGAUGAAGUAGUUUUAACAAUUGACCCUUUGAAAGUAGAAAAAAAAUAUAUAACAUUUUCACAGUUUUUGGGAAGGUGACAUUUUUUGUCACAUUUUUUAAGAAUCUCUUCAGGGUUGAUGACAGUGGGAUGAUGACAGUGUUUUGUUAAUAGUGUUGUUUUAAUCAUAGAAGUCAUGUUCUGUCUUUUCAUUGGUGCUCCUAUUUACAUAAUAUACAAGGUGAACAUUUGUAAAUUGUGAUUUAACAGGACUGUGACCGUAGAUGUUGCAAAUAAUUAUGGGCUGUUUUUCCUUCGGUCCCAUAAUGAAGUACUGUCCAGUGUUUCUUUUGCUGAAGAAGGUAAUCAGGGAAGUAAUGAGGCUCCUUUCUGUAUCAUUUGGAGAACUGAACUCACUGAGGAACCUUCCUGACCAAAAAGGACGACUGGAAAGUACUCAUACAUGUGCCAAGCAUAGACUGCAUAUACUAUGGACAACUUGUUUCCGCCUUUGGCCAGUAUACAUACUUGAAGCCUAAUUGCUCUUGGUAUUUACGGGAUUUUCUCCACUUCUUAGAACCACCACUUGCGCAGUAGCAUUGUACACACUAUACAACUUACAGCAUUCGGUGGGAGUGUCCUCGAGAGUCGCUGUGAUGACGAUUGGCUCAAACAGCGUAUCCCCCGAGUGAGCCACAUAAACUUUGUAUGCCUAUAGGCUGUAUCAAGUGUCAAUCAUAGAAAACUAGAGCCCCCUAAUAACUUUCAAAAAUGGAGCUGUACAGAAAAAAUUGGACUUGAGCACAAACCAGUCUUACAGUAACUACAUGUCAACAUCGCAACCAGGGGGGAGAAAAAUUAAUAUUCUGUGUAGUUAAUUUUUAAAGUUUAUCCACAGCUUCAUAGGGAUUGCUGGAGGAGGCGGGAUUUAUGACCUAUACUGCAGCUUGUCACCAGAGGGUGCUGUUUUUGGGGUGGCUUCACCCAGCGGGAGGCAGAUGGCGUCCAUUCUAUAUACAGUCUAUGGUGCCAAGCCAUAUGUGCAUUUUCCCUCUUAAGUAAAUUCAUUGUUUCGUACAGUCUCUAACGAUGGUCACUCUAUUUGAUUUUUGGGGCAGUUUUUCUGUUGGCCAUCAUCUGCAAACCCUCUGCAGAGGGCUCACACAUCUAUUCAGGUGGUUUCAAAAAGAGUCUGAUUCAAUAGUGAAAAGGAAAGAAUCCAACAGAAAGAGAGUGCUUUUCCAGAAAUGGCCAAAAAAUGUCUGUUUACUCAAAGUGACCAAAAAGAGAAAGAUUGACCUAUUAAAAAGAGAGCCUUCCAAAGAAGAGAAGUCUCAAAAUAAACAAUCAGUCAUGUUUUGAUACAGGCUAAGAGUGAGGAAUGGAGAGGCUGCUGCUUUGGCCUGAAGUUGGAUUGUUAACGUGUCAUUCCUCUUCAUAACUCAAGCUGCAGAUUUUGUUUUUCAUCACACAGUGGUUUAUUGGAUUGUGUGGAUGAAUAUUGAUAUAGCUGUAAACAUACAGUAGCAUGUGUUAUACACAUGUGAAGCACUCAUGGCAUUUAGCCACGACCCUGUCUGAACAGAGUGAAAGUGAGAUACGAGUACGUAGGAGCUGUGAGAACAGAGUCAUGUCUCAGAGGAUCAGAUCAAACUCAAAAUCUGCACCCAGUGUGUUUCAAUCAGAUACAUUUUCAUCUGCAAGGUCAAGAUAAAACAUUUGUUGAAUUGUCAAUUACCAGUGAUCUGGAGGGGAAAUAUUUUCAAAUGAGAGUCAGCAGUUUGAAGACUGAUUGGAUCUUGACAACAAGGUGAAAUAAGGUUCGAGAAGGUGAAAGAAGCACAUUUACAUAAUUGAUUCAACAUGUUUAUCCGUGUUGAGAUUACCACCCUCAUCAAUAUUUUUUAAUGAGCAAACAUAGUGUUAUGAAUUGCUGAGUGAUCUGCAAUUCCCAGCUUUCAGGCUAAGCUUCGCAAUUGAUCUUUUUUAAUAGGAACAAAAGCAAAUGAGUAGCAUUUAAGAAUUGAUCCGUGGGUAUCGAUUACUGAGGCAUUGAUCCCCACAUCCCUGGAUAGGGUUUAGACAAUAAAUCCAGUCAGGGCUGUGUGUCUGUGUCUGUGUCUGUGUCUGUGUCCGUGUGAGUGUGAGCGCCAGGCAGUUGCUACAUUUCAUCAUCUGGAGAGUUGUGCAGUCGAGUCUGCGACUCUUGAGACAGAUAAAACGAUUGUAAUUUUCAGUAUGCAGCUUAAUGUUCACACUCUGUAAUUCCACAGCGUCGAGAGCAGCCCAGCCUCCAUGUCACACGCUCUCAAGGCUAAACGCACCAGCAGUGAAUCACAAGAGUGUCACUGCUGAGACAGAUAUAACAUAUUUUUGUCUUUACACAGACUUCCUUAUUUCGUCCUGGAUAAAAUAAUAUGACAGUACUGCAGUUCGAGAGUAUGGGUGUUUGUUCUCUGACAGGUCAUUUGACAUUUAGACUACAAAAAAAAAAGAAGGGAGCCUCUUGUUCUUGUUGCAGAACAAACACCUGUCGACUACAAUGGAGCAUUACAGGUUUAACAGUUUAGUAGAAGAAUGAAAUAGUAGUCCCGCAAUAACAAUUUUAUUUAUGUUGUGCUCACAGGACACAUAGUUUGGAAGGAUUAAAAUUAUUGUGCACAAAUUAUUAUCUUGUAGGAAUGAUUAUUAUCUUGUGCAAGUCUUAAGUAAUGUUGUAAGUUCAUAGUUUCUUAUCUUUUGAGGUUAAACAGUUUUCUUGAGUGCACUAUAUACUAACCUUUAUCCUAUGUGCACAGUUUAAUAUCUUGUGCUCACAGAACUGUUGACUCAUCCCCAAUAAAUGUUCAUAAGCACUCACAAGAUGAUCAUUUUUUGCAGAGUCUUAUCACCCAAAGAGAAUACAUCCUGUGUGAUUUUGUGCAUACAAGUUAAUAUCUUGAUGAAUGUGUAAGUUAAUGUAUCGCAUGUGCAAGAUAGUAAAUUGUUGCCAUGAAAGUAUUUAAUGCCGUAUGAAAAUAAGUCAGCCUUUUAGUGAUAAGAAUUACGGCUCUUUUUAGUGAGCCAGAUCAUUCAGCUCAGCUCUCCAAGAAGAUCCGGCUCUGCUUCCAAACGGCUCUUCAUUUUGUCACUUACACAUUUUCUAAUUCAGCCAUAUUUCGUGUUGUUUGGCUUAUGAUAUGUACAGUAUGUAUGUGCACACAUACCUCUUAAAUAAUUCAACACACCCUUUGUACUGAAGUAUUCACAAGUUAAAAUUACAUUUUCUAAUAUCAGUAAAUUGCUGUAGCCAAUUGUUUUCAUUGCAUUUAAAGACCUUUGUUACUCUCUGAAACCACCCAAUGAAUGCACUGACUUGCUUGUAGAACUAUUCUGCUACACAAGACAGAUAGAAAUCCUAUCGUUUUGCCUUGUAGUUUUUUUUCUACGGUCUGUGGGAGAAAAAAAAAAAACAGCUCACAGACGGGAGCCGGCUCCCAUCAAUCACGUUAAAGAGUUCUUUGAACCGGUUCGAUCAUGAAUGAUACAUCACUACAGUCUUUAAGUAAACACUGUAUAGGCAUUUUGUUGGGACAUUUUUUUUUUAAUUGUCUGUGCACAUCUUGUGCUUACAAGACAAAUUAGUUAUUUUUUAAUAUUACUUGUGUGCAUGAUGAAAUUAGCUUGUAAGAACAAGAUCAUUACUUUGUGUGCACAAUGUCUAAAACCAGUUAUUAUUAAGCGUGCCUGAUAAGAUCAUCUUGUGUAUAUGUUGUGCACACAUGAUGGAAACGUGUUCCAAAGGCAGUCAUGUAUUUUGUGCAAAGUUUCAGUCUUGCAGGGGGAGGCCUUUCAUGGCUUGUAAAAUAUUUCCUGCACUCAAGAUAAUCAAGUAUUUGAUCAGUCGCCUUAUAAAUACAUCCCCUAGUUUUCUAUAUAAAACUGCAGGGACUGCAGUUUUUUGCUUCUGCUGUUCCAGUGCUACCUUACAUUAUAUAUGCUCUAUAAUGCAUUGGUUGAGAUAGUGUAAAAGCUAAGAGUUAUACAUAGAGUUGCCUAAGUAAGAGCAUGAUUGAGUUAAUGGACAGGUGUUUGUGCUGUAACAGUCUGUAGACCAGGUUGAAAUCCACAUCAGCUCACCCUCUGUGCCUGUUUUUUUAAUUUUGUUUUAUUUUUUAUGUGGAUUGAAGGGUAGGUCAGAUUCACAUUCUUAAUGUGGCCCUUGCAAACGUUGGGCUUAAAAAUGUGGCAGUGGCCCCAUCUAUGUUUGAAACAGUCUCUUAAGAAUUUAAGGGUCAAAAUUUUGGCCAAUUAAGUUAAAUGUCUUGGAUCACUGUGACCCACUUCCUCCAAAUCUAGCUCAAACAUGCUGGGAGGGAAGAAGCAUUUCCUAUCUGCACCAGAAAAAAGGUAUAAAUCCACUGAAUGAAGGCCAUUAUUAAUACACACAAUCACUCUUUGUCUCUUUGCCAGAGUUUGAUUCUUGCAAGUAGUUUUACUUUGCAAAUACACCCCUCGUUCCCACUACAACUAGAGUAACCGCACACUGUGUUGGGAAAGACUGAUGGAUGUACACUGCUACUUGGCUGGUUGGUUUGGGAAUACAAGCAUCAAGGCAAUAAUUGUAUCUUUAAUGAUAUAUAUAGAAUAUGACCUAGAUUCCCAACCUUUGAAGAUUUGGAAGCGUAGGAAGGCUUUCAGCAGGUAAUAAACAUUAGCUCAGUAUCAUCUACAGCCAAAAAAAAAAAAAAAGAAAAAUCAGGCUACACAAUAAAAGAGGACUCAUACACAAAAGCUGAUUUUCAUGUGAUGUGGAGACAAUUUAACAUGGCGUAAGUGAGGAAAAGGAGGUAGGGUAAGUAAGACAAGGAGUCAUGAUGAAUGAGCUUGACCGUUACAGAUGAAGUAACCCUUUUGCUGACUUCAGUUUAAUGCAUUUUCUCCACACUUCUCUUGGUGGAGGAAGCAGUUUUAGUCACCUUCCACUGUCUGCUUUGGAUGUCUUCAGCCGCAGAGUUGCAUAAGCUCUAAAAAGUUAUCUCUCGGUGAAAUGUACAAUCAAUACGUUGGAAGAAAGUACGUGUUGCAGUGACACAGUCACUUUGGAUGAGUGUAUUGAUUAAAUUUGAGUGUGUUUAUGUUCUGUUCGAAGUGUUUGGGGAUUGACAACUUUGCUAAAAUGUAAAAGGUCUAGGGGUUGGUUGAAAGUUUUAGAAACACCUCAAAUAUACACAAAUUUUGAGUAGUUGGUGGGAACUUUUGGCAGCCAACAAAACUCUGAGAUGCUUCGGUCAUGGAACCUUUCACGUUAGGUGUUAUACAUUGUGCAGAUAAGAAGAUGCUGUCAUCCUUCUAUCUGAAGCCCACUUGAGGUGUUUGCGGACCACAACAAGAUAAAAAUGGCUGCAAUCAGAUGCUUCUGCACGUCCGAGAAAUUGUCUCACAGCAGACCUUUCGUCAAUCUUCGCCAGUUGCGUCAUUUAGUUUCCAUUGAAUCUUUAAUCAGAUGUGGGUAGUGCUGCAGUUUUUCAUUUUAAGGUACAUUGCGUGAUACCUUUAUAUUUUUAGGCGAUUUGGUUAAUUUGUUUUUUAAAAAGGGUGGCCACAUUUGAGGAAGAGAGGCCAUGAGUAAGGAUGGAAAAGAGGAAGCACAGUAAAGGGAACAGAACACACCCAAAGACUCAGAUAUGUUCUCAAAGUGCUUCAUUUUACUCUACUGGAGGGUGCUUUUAAGGACAAGUGGAUCCAAGGAUGCAUUUUUCAUCAUCUUAUAAAGCUAGAAAGCUCAAAAAAGUCUUUAGAGAAAGCAUUACAAUAACCAAUCCAAAAUGUUUUGUAAGCCAGCAGUUUUGAUAGAAGAGAAAGUCGCUCUGCAUCAGCAAUGUGGUGCUGCACGGAUAGCUUCUCUGACAUACUAACUCUGUCUUUGAUAUGGAAGCAGAAGUUUCUAACUGUCUCUCUCCAUUUCCCCCUCUUCCCUUUCCCACCCAACCCUCCCCUGCUCCCUUUUCUGUCUUCCAUCAGGGCGAAGAAGGACCCAGGGGAAAGAAAGGAGAGGUUUGUCGAAUUAGACUUUGCGGUAUUAGAUAUAAUCCAUUCUGUCUUAUUCUGCAGCGCACUGAGAAGCCCUGUCAAGCCUGCACGGCUGCUAUAGAAGACUUACAGAGCCAAUACCUCCAGGCCUGGGGAAAUCUGGCCCCAUGGGCAAAAAUAUACAUCACAAAAGCUGAUUUUUUUUCUGAAGGCAAACACAUCUGAAAUAUCAAACACUUACUGUACUGUCUACAGAAUCGCAAAUGAUCAAGAUACAGCCUCCCUUAGAUGGGAAUAUUUGUAAAAUAUGAUGUAGUUUUAAAAAAAGUCAACCAUCUGUAAACAUGCUUUAGACAAAAAAAUGUAAAAGAGCAGAGGCCGUCAGAGCAAAGUCGGGAAUGUCGCCAAUAGUAAUAACUCAUUACUGCCGGGAAGCUACAGUUACAGUCCUGUCCCUGAGUAACACGUUGGAGUACUAUUGCAUCACCAAAUUCAGUCAUUAAGAUUGUAUUCCUGUCCUCUGUAAAGUCUUAGAGUUGCAGGGGUCAGUCAAUUGUGCAGUUCCCCAGCAGAGAUCCCAGCAGUGAGCAGCAUAUCUGAGUAGUUUUUUUCGCCUCCCCUCCCCUCCCCGAGCCAACUAAAAGCUGUGUUUUUGCUGUUCAGUAGCACUACCCCUCCUAAACAGCCCGGUUAAAUUUAGCUUGCAGCUACUUCCUCAUUGAGUUCUUGGCCCCCGUCAAGUUUUUAUUCUUCAGGCACAGCGAACCUUCAACCCUGAACUUGUUCUUGUAUUUUUCUUACCCAGAAACUCAAACUGAUGGGAAUAUUUCCAUUGAGUAAAAGCUCUUGGCUCUGUCAUCUCGCUCAAACACUGGUUGAAUUGGCUAGCUACGCACCCACACUGAUGACUUCUAUUGCGGGUUUCCAGCUACCUGCCAUGAAUCAGGAGGGAAAUAGACACAAUGCAAAUCCUGCUGAGAUUUCCUCUUUAUAUGUGGUGACAAAGAAAAGUAUGGCGCUUUUUCAGUCAGGAUUAUUUUCGUAAAAAAGUUCCUGUGUAACAGCCAAUCAGAUUACAGUGGGAUGAAUGGCCCACCUGCAAUAAAAGUGGCUCUUGAAAGCAUUCGACCAGAAUGAAACAGCCAGCCAUCAAACUGAGACAAAGGAGCAGUGUUUUCUUCUUUAACUGAACAGCCAUCUAUAUAUUUAUUCUGUUUGUAUUCUAAGGGCAGAUGUUUAGGGCAUGCUCAUUUCUAACCUGUUAUAACUUGACAGAUAGAUACUUUGACAGACUCAAGGUCUAUAAACAAGACAAUGAAUACAAGUACAAACAGAAACAAACACAACACUUAAUAAAAAAGGCACAUCUGCAUUAUAAAAAAGACAUCUUCACCAGUAUCUCCACCGGGGAGACUGGUAUCGAAUAGAACUAAUAAGGGGAUUUGUCAGCAGCCCUAAUAUAGAGUUCUGAGAAUCUGUCAAUCUGCACAUUAAUUUAUCCAUCGGAUUUCUCAAGAGUGCAUGAAAAGAGUAAAACCCGACCUUGGUUUCUUCAAUGGAAUCCUAAAUGCGUAAUUGUAUGCCACAUUUAGCUUCUGUAAGCUUGCCUUUUUAUGCCUCAUCCACAGGGGGGCAGUAUAAAGAGGGUGAGAGUGAGAGUGGGGUAAGAUGAGCCAUUUUUUAUAUUUUGGAUCACUACAUCAAAGCAAUCAUAGUUUUGUUUCUAACUAGUGUAUCGGCAUAUAUUUCAAGAUGUUGUGCAUCCCUGCAAACCAACAGAAUGAGUGUAAAUGUAACUGUCUUGAUAAUAUAGCACGCCAAAAAAAGUGGUCUCCCAUGGUCAACUUACCCCAUGUAUGGGGGGAGCGGGGUAAGUUGAGCCGCAUCCCUACUACUUCUAACCUUCACAGACUCCAUGAAUUGAUGCCCAUCUCCUAAAUAUUUGGUCUCAUGAUCAAUUUUUUCGACCAUUUCCAAACAACAGGGGGUGGCUGAACUUACCCUUCGACUCAACUUACCCCACUCUCCCCCAUAAUAGAGAAAGUUCUACCAUAAGGCUCUUACAGACAAAACUAAAAAUGUUUUAUCGGGCCAUCUAUUUUCUUAAAUGAAAAACAAGGUAACAAUGAAAGCUUCAAUUUUACAUAACAGAUGCUCGACCUCCAGCUCCUUUAUCGAGCACCGCAAUGAUUUCAUGUGACUAAGGCUACCAUUACUGCCUUAAUAUGAAACUGAUCCAUGUAAACAGAAGAAAUUGAAUUUUUAUUUAGGGAGAUUUUUUUAUAACUUCUUUCUAUUGCAGUCUGAGAUUGUCUUUUGAUCCUCCUACUCCUUCAGAAAGGAGUGACAGGUGAUGUGGGCCUCAGAGGGACUGAAGGAAAAAAAGGGGACAUGGGCCACAUGGGUGUUGUUGGUCCUAGGGGAUUUCCUGGCCAAGACGGGUUGCCGGGCCAACCAGGCCAACCAGGAUAUCCUGGAAAACCGGUGAGUGAAGGACUUCUACACCAACCCUUCAGAGAUAAUCUCAAAAAGGAAAAGAAAAUAUAAUGAAGAAAAAAAGGGAAAAAGAGAAAAACACUUUUUGGAACCAGCAGGUCCCCGCUAUGUUUUGAGAAAAAUGGGACCAUGUCUGUCAGGAUGUGUGGGGGCUGUGUGGGAAAUACAGACACCACAACACUGAGAAGAUCCUGUAAAUAUUCAAACAUGCUCAAUAUUCCCAAGUGGGCCUGUUUUCCCAGCCCCACAGUUGAUUCUACUGAUUUAAGUGUUUUUGUGUUUCAGGGCAGACCUCCCUCAGAUGAACAUCUGCUUAAACUCUGCACUGAUGUCCUGCGUAGUAAGUAUCUGUUCAUGUUGGUCUGCACUAAAUUAAAAAGCCUUUGACUGAAACCCCUCAUAUAAGACAUAUAUUCCACAUGAAUCAUCUGAGUGAUUUAUAAUUUUAAAUGCAGGAAAAAUGAGAGAAAUAGUGAAAAAUGACUCUGCUCUGUUACAUGAAAAAUGUCUGUAUUUGUGAAAGAUUCUCUAUGACUUUAAUAAUAAUUGUGUGCCUUUAUCUAGAGGACAGGGCAGUGGAUAGAGCAGAGGGAGUGGAGGAUAUAGUUAAGGGCUGCUGGUCAAAUUUGACCCAAUCAGCGAUUUUAUGGUGUUGAAAAAAAAUGAAGCCAAGCAGGAGUGCACAAAUCUGCAGUUCUUUAAAUGUCCACUUGCAGCCUAGAUAUCCCACUGGCUCCAUUAAAGGGCCAAUUUCCAAACCAAAACUAAUAAGCUCAAAGCCUCAGUAUGGUCUAGACCACUUGUGAUUCGGGAACGAGUCUCUCCCUUUUUAUCUCAUCCUCCGGCCGUACUCCUGACUUGUAACCUCUCCCAGUUAUCUCUUUAUUAUGUUGGCACUGGUCAAAUGGGUGAUCUCUAACCUCUUGGUGGAAUAGGUGUCAUGAGGUCCAGUAACCCAACUAGACAGUGACAGCAAACCACUCUACCUGGCCUAUACACAUGUGUCACUCCUCACUGUAGCAGCUCACUGCUUUACUGUACUUUACUCUGCAUGGUUAGCUGUUGAAAACAGCUUGAAAUUAAGAAAAAUUAAAAGUAAUUUUCCUGAUACAUCUGUGAAUUUAUCGAUCUGUAUGAGUUGUUGGAUUAAAAUUGAAGAGUUAUGCUGCCAUUACUUUAGGACAUAUAUUCUCAGAGAACCAGAGGAAAAACAAGGAUCCGUGUGCAACAAUUAUCUGCAGGAGUCACGAAAACUAUAACUUUCUCAUCACAUUUGCUGACUAUUCUUUAGGGUAAAUUCAUGUACACUGAAUGGAUGAAUGCAGACCUAAAGAAAAACAUUAAGCCUGAUGCAGGCUGAUUCUUUCUGCUGCUCUCCUGCUGAUUAGAUCUAUUGUCAGCAUCAACAACUGGGACUGAGAAGAGUGAACUCUAAUCAGGCAAUCAAAUUGGUUUGUGGAUUGCUUCAGGUACAGUAUAAUAACCUGCUGUGGAUAACACAUAUUUGGAUGCCUUCCCACUCCAGAAAUAAGCAGACAGAAUUUUUUUUUUCUAUAAAGUAGUGGAAAUUCUUUAGCCUGGAGAUGUUUAAACAAUGAAAUUUCACUCUGAUUAUACACAGAUAUAGUUUAUCACACAAGAGGAUUAAUGAAGAUGGUGCUUUUUCUUCCCUCCAAGAAGUUGCUUGCACACUUUUGAGGGAAGCUGUGAUUGCUGUCUUAUUAAAAACCCUAGUGUUUUUGAAUGCACACUUGCUCCCAGUUAGUUCUAAGUUGUUGCGCCUGAGAGGAAAAAAUCUAAGGAAUACAUGUAAAGAUCUUUAAUCUCCAUGAUGGCAAAAUAUAUGAAUACAUAGAGAAUUAAUUCAGCUUUACAGUCACUAUAGUGUGACUUCUAUUGAUAUUAUUAAUAUGUGGAUGUAUUAACCAGAAUCUCUUCUUUGUACCCCAUAGAUCAGCUUCCAGCACUGCUGCAGAGCCUGGCACCCCGAUCUCAGUGUGAACCCUGCUACAGUGUGAAGGGACCCCCAGGUGAGCCAGGAGCACCAGGACCUAAAGGCUCCAUGGGAACCCCAGGCUACCCUGGCAGGAGCGGAGCUCCCGGUUACCCAGGACCCCCUGGUUUGCAGGGUCCUGCAGGCCUGAAAGGUAAUAAGAGCGGUAAUUUGAACCGUAAGGCAGGUGUAGUCCAUCUAUAUUCAGUGCUUGCUUUAAAACCAGUUUGAUUCACCGUCUGAAACUGUGACAAAAAUGUUUCAAUCAGUCUCUUCACCGUGACAACAACAAGACAGUAAAUAACGACACAACUUCAUGAACAAGAGCUAGCGCACAAUUUACUGCUGCUUUCAUCAACGAUUAAAAUCAAAACAGUGUCAAGCAGGAACAAAUUGAAUGUGUUGAUGUUCACUGUACCCCAUAAAACAACAUCAUUAAACGAGUGAACAUCAGUGAAAGCCACCAGAGCAAAAGACAACAAAUACAGAAUGCAUACCCAUCUCAUUGGGCUGUCUUUGAUUUAUCACCACUUCAAGACAGAGAGUGGCUAAUCAUCUGUGAAAGAUGCCAAACUGUACCACUCCACUGCUGUUUCUACUGCACGGGUCAAAAUGCACACAGACUAAAGUUGUCAGGGUAAAGUAGAGUUUUUUAUUUUUAUUUUAAAGAACUGUAAUUCACUAUGCAGGAAGAGUCUUAUAAAAGACACAGUGGAGCUUCUUAACAAGCGCAUGGGGUGUAAACACAGGUGAACUUGUUUAGCACCGUUUUAAUGAUCUAAAACAUAAGGUUAAAGAGCAUUACACAAAGCAAAUUAGGGCGGGUUUGACUGCAUGUUGCUUAUUAGGCGGCACACAAGUGUGGCACGACAUGAAAAGAAGGUGGAUUCAGUCCUGUGUGUGUUUAACUGUGUGUUUUGGUAAUAACAUAAAUCACACUUAUCACUUUGUCUACCCUUAUUCCUUUUGAGAGCCAGUUGCCAGUUGCGCCUACAGUGUCACUAUUUGCACAGUAGAUUGCAGCCUUUCUACUCAAAAACACAGAAAACUCACAAAAGCUACUUUCAAAGUCAGCUGAUAAAUGGUUUGGUGGUAUCCACUUAAAAUUUACUUGCAUGGUGUAAGCAGCCAGACACUGUCAUAGUUAACAGUACAUUAACUCAGGACUCAGAGACACAGGGGUGUCAAUAUUAUUCAAAACUAAGGACAGGCCAAUAGUAUCAGAAACGAUCUAAUAAUAAUAUGUCCUGUGCACUCAGCACUGAAAUAAGGUAAACUGUUCCUAAAGCCGAAAACAUAUAGGAUCCGUAUUGAGCACGUUCCGUCAGCAUUGCACCUGUGCUUGGUCGGGCAGUGCUGUCUAUCGCCCACAGGAUGUGUAUUUGGAGCAUGACAGCAGCGUAGUGCAUCUCCAGUCAGCUGGGCUCAGUAUAGAGGAAACAACAUGCUCACAACAGGUUGUUUUGCCUUUCUGUGGUCGUUUCCUGCUAAUCUGCAUAUAAUUCAGUGACUUUUGAGGUUCUACUGUAUCUGAAAAGGCAACAUGAUUUUAAAGUUUCAGUUUUUGCAGGUUUACUCGUGUUUAAUAAAGUAAACUAUGUUCCUUUAUAUUGUGCUGUUACCUUCAGACAGAGUUAGCAGUUAAAAGCCCUGUUGGGGUCCACAUGGAUCAGGGAUUGACCAUUUGAUUGUUCUGUGUUUUUGAUAAAUGCAUAACUAGGAAGUAUUUCUCAUCUACACAGUUGGGACUCUGCAUAUGGUGUUUUAUUUUGAAAUCUACUGGAUGACAUGCGCAGUUUCUGAGCUUGACAUCCUGUCUAGAACAAUCUUCUCUGUGUAAAUUGACAUGUGGUGGAAGUGUAGAGCAGAGAAAAUAGACUCAGGGCGUGUCUUUAGAGCCGCGCUCGGCACACUUAUGAUACUGAGCAAAAACGCAUCCUAUGUGCGAUGCUGCAUUGAUUAGAAUGGGAACCUGUUUGCUGCGUGACACGCGGCGCUGACAGAACGUGCUCAAUACGGAUCCUGUAUGUUUUAGGUUUUACACCUUUUUUUUGUUUGAGCACGUGACUGUAUUCUGGACUCGUGCUAGAAAUAAGUGUAUUGUAAUUCUGUAAGGUCAUAAUAGUGGUCCUAAUGCUGGGUUGCACGUCUUUUAACUUACAAUCUAUCAGAUGUAGUAUAUCACCAACAUAAGGUACUUCAAAACAAUUUGAUCCAGUUUGGCUGAUAGGUAGAUUUACUUCCAACUUUUCCAUGAAUACCAUGAUAAAAUCAACAUGGCUACACUAACUGUGAGGUGAAAAUAUGAUAUUAAAAUGAGAUAACUUUAUUGCCUAUAUACUGUCAGGAUCAUUAUUACUUUCUAAUAAGAGAUUAGGGAGGCAUUCAGAAGAAGGUUGGAUUUCCUUUUAUUUUUUUAGACCACUAGCACAUGUUAAAAAAAACACAACCCGGCACUUAUAAUCCUGCUUUGCACUUUUGCAACAGUAAUUAACCACCAACAUGAAAGCAUCUGAGGACCAAUACACCCUGUCUGUCUUUACCAUGAGUAUAAGUCAUGUCAUUCCACCUUGAUCUGUCCAUCGAGAGUUCUGUAUUCAGAGAAAUGUGUCUUAUCUUCUGCCACUUUUGAAAACAAGCCAAAAACAACUUGCUGGUUAGUAGUUGGUGUUGAACCCACCAAAAAGCACCAUACUGUUGACUAAUACUAAAAGGGUUAUGAUUGCACCAGUGUACAGGAUGCAUCCCACUUUUUCGAUGACAAAACAAGUGUUAAAAGUGUCCGAACAAUGAAUUUUAUAGGAACAUUUUUGUAAAACUCUAUAUUUCAUCUAUUUUAUACAACAUCUAUAUUUCUGGUGUGUCCCCUUUCAAUAAAAGUCUGCUCAGUAUUCCAGCAGCACAGGGCUGGACACAGCUGGCUUGGAGGGAAAAGCUAUUUCUUUCUCGCAGUUCUCAAUCUGACGGCUCAUAAAAGCUCUCAUGCUAUUUUUAAAGCAGACAUAUCAUACCCACAGGUGACAUCGGAGCAAGAGGGCUUAAAGGAAGUAGCGGAGAGGGUACUCGAGGACCACCGGGACCACCUGGACAGCCAGGUACAGAAAAAAAAAACAACUAUCAGCAUUUUUCCAAAACAUAUUCACCCAAUUAGCCAUUUUGUGGAGUUACAGCUGUUUCAGCAACUGAACUAUGAUGUUUGAUGUCCGAGCUUUCAGGUCUGUGCUCAAGUGCUUUUUUAACAAAUACACAUCAAGGUUGUUUACAGUCAUACAUUUUUAAUUGAUAUAGGAGAGGACUCUGUUAGUGUUCAAUUUUCUUUGAGUAUACUUCCUGACAGUGGAUGGUGGGGUGAGGGAGAGGUGAGUACAAGUCACAGACACCGCUGUAUUUGUCAGUGAGAGCCACAGCAGCUUAUUAACUCAUCCCAUGCAGUGUGAAUAGAUGUAAUUAAUGAUCCAUCAUGUGCUAAUUUUAGUUCAUAGAGCUCAAGCUGUAAUCAUAUUCAAUGAAACCUUUCACUUUCUCUCUAGUAAUGAGGCAGAACGAGUACCAGCUGUGUUUUUGCUUAUUUAGUUCUUUUUUGUCCGUCGUUACCACCGCAGGAAUUCAGGGUCCUCGAGGUUUUGACGGAAUCGGUCAUCCAGGCAAUCAAGGGAUUCCAGGGAAACCAGGUCCACCAGGAGACCCAGGGAAACGAGGCAACCCAGGGCUCCCAGGUGUUUGUGAUAUUUCAAUGUGUUAUCAGACCUACAACCUCAGGGAACAUUACAGCAAAGGACCCAAUGUCUGA